AUGCAAUUUGGGAUGUACCUAACCCUCGUCCCUCGUCGUGCUAUCGCCGCGCCGCGCCGAACUGCCGACGGCGACGCCGACGACUACGACGACGCCACAGAGGCGGCGUGCGGCGGCGGCGAAUUUCCUGUGAAACGGUAUAGAUUCGUAUAAUAAUAUAUUUCGUACUUGCUUGCCAUCCGCCUGUGCACACUUUUCGAUUCAUUUCAGAUAUUAAUUUCCGUUUAUACGAUCGUAUAAAUAUAUAUAAUACGCGCAUCGAACGUAUUAUUAUUAUUAUUAUUAUUAUUCCCUAUCGCAUCAUCGGAUCAGUGUAGUUAUUAUGCGCGUCUAAUACAUCUGUCUAAAACGCGAUUGUCACGCGUGAAAAGUUCCAACGCGUUCGAACAGAGUCAGGCCAAUAUUAGUAGUAGCGUAAAGUAUACCGAUGAUACGUUGCGACUGUUUGCUAAUACAGCAGCGCGUCCCUAGACCAAUUUGUAUUGGAGGAGGGGCGCUAACUAAAAUUUUAACCCUGUCUUUUCAUUAUGUUUAGUUUUAAACAACUUAUAAAAUAUAUAUUUCACGGUAAAUGUUGUGUUUUAAGAGAUUAUAGAUAGACAAUUUUAAGUAAAAUAAUAUUCAAAUAACGAAAUGUAAUACAGAGUGUCCUACUGCGUAACCUUUAUAACUCUGUCAAUAUUAAUUUUAUUUACAUUUUUUUUGUUUUCAAAAUUAUGAUGUAUUCACUACAUUAUGCAUUCAAUGAUAAUAUUUUAAAUGUUUUCACAAAAAUAAUUAUCGGAGCAAGUUAUCGAAAUCUGCAAUCCAUAAUUAAAUGUUACAAAAAUGAUUACUAUUGUAGUAUAAGAACAAAAUUUAUAAAAAUAAACCUACGGCUGUACCAUAUGUAUAGCAUACUUCGGUGUCGUUAUCACUACACUCUGGAUAACGACUAUUCGAUAAAUUGGAUUUCCAAAUCGCUCACUGAUUGUAGAUAACAAAAAUUAUCCAAAUAUAAUAUCCCUUCUCAAAUCUAUGAGAUUAUUAUAGGCUACGUUUACGCACUCGAUAAUCACGUUCAUUUUUAUAAUACUAUAUAUAAUAUAAAUCAACUUUUUUUCUACUUCGUUUUAAAUUAAUAUUAUUAUUAUUUUUUUUUUACUAAUUGAAAUGGCAUAACAAAUAAUAAAAUCGAACAAAAAUAUGGAAAAUUUUUGUUAUAAUGACCACGUACAAAAUAUUACAGUACGUUAAUAUAUGAUGUUAUAGGAGAUGCUCUAAAGCGUCAAGUUUUAAAUGUCCAGGGAAAUUUAAAACAUUGAGAGAAAAUCCUACAGAUAUACCAAUAAUCAAUAAAACACAUAAUUAUCUUCCAGACACGCGUGAAGUUGAAGUCAAUCAAUGCUUAGGACGAAUGAAAUAUAAGGCAGCAACUACGUUAACAAAUCCAAUUGAGAUUUUCUGUGGAGAACUUAGAAACUUGGAUAGUGAAACUGGAACUAUGAUGCCAUCAAAAACAAUUACUAAAAGCACUCUUCGAAAUCAACGAUCAAAAAAUAAUUCAAAAGAACCCAAAUAUUUAAAUUACUGUAUAAUCGAAGGUAAACCGAAACACACAAUAUUAUUAUACUAUUAUUAUUAUUGGAAUGUAAUUACGGGAGAAAAAAAUGUAUUAAUUAUUUUUUUAAUUUAAGUUAUAGGUAACUGGGCACUCACAUAGUAUAGGUAUAGAUUAUUACUAAAAGUUUAGAUGAUCAAUUUGAAGAUAGAGUUAUCAUUUUCGCCACUGACGAAAGACUAAAACAUCUUACCAAGGCGGAAACAUGAAUGUUCAAUGGUAACUUUGCAAUGGCAACUCUAUUUUUCAACAAUUAUACGUGAUAAGAAUCAAAAUUAAUGAUUUGUAUGUAACUUCAGUAUAUUGUUUAUUAGAAAAAAAAAACGGAAACUACUCACGAAUUUAUGUUGCUUGUAAAAAUCCAAAUUUAUUUUUUUAACUAUUCUUAUUUAGAGUCAUAAAUAUUUAGAUAAUUUAUUUUUUCCACUUGCUUUUAUUUCCUAAAAUCGUAAUUUAUAGGUAAUCUGUUAAUAAUAUAGGUUAUAAUAUUAUAUGUUAGUAAAUUGUACAAAAGUUACUGAUAAAUCAACAAUAAAAAACUAAAACCUUGUUUAAGGCUGGGAUCAUACGGGCAGUAUUUAUCGCGCGACAUUUUACCGCACAAACAUACCUCACAACUUUUUAACUUGGCGAUUUGAACAAAAAUCCUUCAGUGUGUGACAUGUCAACAAUGGCAUACGCAAAAAUUAUUUUUUUUGGGGUUUAUUUUGUAUGCUUGAUCUUGUUCAAAAAUCAUAUUUAAAAAUCCAUCUAAUCUUUUUUGACCCAUAGUACUUCUCAACUUUGAUUUAACAGUAUUCAGUUUUGAGAAAGACCUUUCAUUAACUGAUUUAAUUAUUUUCAUUGAUAAAAACUGUAAUUAUUUACUAUAGUAAUAUGUAAUUAUUUAAAGAAAAUGUAUCAUAAAACAAAUAAAAUAAUAGUGUGAGACCCACUCGUUAUUUGUAUAUAAGAAAAACUGUUCAAUUUAUUUAGCAUUGAGACCUAAGUGCAGAUACAAAUGAUUAGAUUUUAAAGUAUUAACUGUAAUAUGUCAACUUAUCAGAUUUAGAUUUAAAGAAAUCGUGUAAAGUUUUCGUUUUUAAUUACUUUAUACUCAUACUGUCUACUGAUGAAUAAUGAUGAUAUAUUAAUAAUGACAAUACAUAUUAUUGUUUAAUAAUAAUCACUAUAACAAACAGCAGCAUGGAUUAUAAUAAAUAAAAGUUAAGAAUAUAUAAAAAUUCAACAAAAACUGCAGACUCGUGUCGUAUAAUAAUAUAAAUCUAAAUAAAAAUCUAUAAUAAUAUUAUACAUUUCCUUGUAAUAGUAUAAUAUUAUUAUUUUAACUUGGCGGUUUAUCAUUUGACAACAAUUUUCUGACGCUUAAAUUGUAUUAUCGGGUCUGACUGACUGGUUUAUUAUUAAUUAUUAUCUACAUGAUCGAUUGUGUAGGUAGUUGAUAUUAUCAUAAAAAAAAACCAGUAACCACACUUGAAGCUAUCUUGUCAUAUAUAUAUAUAUAUAUAUACUAUAAUAUUUUUACAGGGGAGGUAACUGCCUCCCCUGUCUCCUGCUUCCCCUGUGCGCAUGCUUAUGAUUUUGGGGUCAAUAAUUUUCUGCUUGGUGGAGUGUAUAGUGGUUGUAACUUUUUGUGUAUUUUAAAAGGCCAUAAUAUUUACGAUUUAUGUCAAAAUUCGAUUUUAAAACUUAUAAAAAAAAUUUAAAAAAAUACUACAUUACACUCAAUUUUAUUUGUUGAUCACAAAGUAUGACAUUUAAUGAACCUCCUGUUAAAGUUUCAAUAAUUUCUGUCCAGUCUAUUAAUUUUAUCCACACAGUACCUACCGAAUAAACAUUAUGGGAAAAACUCGCUUUAUUAAAAUGUAUAUAUAAUUAGCUCAAAAAUGGCUCAAAUUUUACAACGUUUUUAUGAAUAAUAUAUUAAACUAAAAAAUAGUAAAAAAAGACUUCUUAGGAUAAUAGAGACGUGUGCAGCCACUGUUACAGGUAAUUUAAUGUAUCUGUAAGCGACGAUAAACCAUAGCUAACGAUCUUUUUUAUCUAUGAACAACUUUUCUAUUAGAAAUCUUGCUCCGAUUUACAAUAGUAACACUGUUUCUGGAAGGAAAUCUGACUGGGGUGGUAGUUUAAAGAGGUUAUUUUUUGAUUUUCUCAGGAGUUUUUCCAAUAAAUUGGAAAAACAAUAAAAAUUGAAGGAAAACAAGAAAAACGGGAAAAUAGAUACAUUAUUAAAGAAAAUAUGUAACGUAUGUUUAAUUAUUUUACCAUAAUAUAACGUAUACAUUGUUGACAAAGCAACACUAUCAUCAACUGAACUCUGCUUAAGAUCGUUUUUUCGUUAGCAAUGGUUAAUCAUUGCUUACAGAUUUACAUUAAAUUACCUAUAAAAGUGGCUGUAUUCGUCCUUAUUAUCCUAGGCCUACAGCUUUUUAUACUGUGAAUACAAUUUUUCCAAGAAAGUUUGCUCCAAUGUAUCAAGCAUAGUAUCUUGUAUGAAAGGAAUUUUAUUUUGUAAGUUCUUUUAGAGGAUAAUUUUUUGAUGUUCCAAGCAUUUUUCAAAAUAAUUAGGAAAAAAUAUAAAAUGAAAACCGACAUAUUUACACUGUUACUAUUUUAUUAUAUUAAAUUUUUUUGCUUUAUGUUUUCUACCAAAAAUUUUGUUCCAAUAAAAAAAACGACAGGAAAUUAUUAUUAUUGAAUUUUUUAUCUAGUUGGUGAUAUCGGUUUUUGAUUGUCCGUGUAAUUUUUGAAAUAAUUGAGCAAAAUCGAAAAAAGUAGAGAAAAAUGACCUCCCUAAAGUACCUCUCAUUUUCAAUUUCCUUUCUGAAAAGGUGCUACACUUAGAAAUCCAUGCAAGUCUUCAGGUAAAAAAAUUGUUAACAGAUAAAAAAAAAUAAGAAAGAGCUGAUACUGGGGAUAAGAGCGGCCACUGUUGUAGGUGAGAAAUUGGGAAGGUAGGAUAUAUAAGGUUAUUUUAUUUAUAUCUGUAAUCAACGAUAAACCAUUGCUCGAUGAAAGACGAUUGCAAGCGCAAUUCGAUAAAACAUAAUUUAAAGUGCCGUAAUUUUUUUUUGCGAUUUUCGUUAUUUGAUUUCAAAAUGCUUAUUAAAAAAAAAAAGUCGUCCUAUAAUUUUGAAAAUUUCGCCACAUCUAAGUAAGUCAAAUAUAAAUAUUAUUACCAAGUUUUAAGUCUUUACGUGUAUUUAUAACCGAAUCACAGAAAAAAAUUCCUUAAAAGCUCAAAGUGGUUCAAAAGUUUUGACAAUAGUUUAUUGUAUAGUAUAAUUACUCAUUAUUAUAAAUAUUAAAUAUAUAUUAUAUGUAUAACUUGUUAAUAUCGUUAGUAAUUAGACAUUAUUUUUUUCGGACAUGCUAAAAAUGUUAAAAUCUUUGAUAGAAAAACGUUGUCAUUCGACCCCAAAAAAAUUCUUCGCCCUUGUUAUAGAUUGAUGGGCAACCGUAGUAUUUAUAAUAGUGAUUAUUAUAUUGUACAUUUGACACAAUUGUACAUAAUACUCUUGAGACUUUAUAUGGGAAAAGAAAUAAAUGUGUUUCGCAAUAUUUUGAGGUUUUUCUUUUAUUAUACGUAUAUACGAGCCCACUAAGUAUACAAAAAUGUAAGACGUUCCUUUUUCUAUACGCGAAAUGCAUAGUAUUUUUAUAUAGAAUUAAGUGUAUCCCUUAACAUAUCAUUAUCGUAUUAUUAAUUAUUACCAUAGGUGUUGAACACAAAUUUAUAAGACAACAAAGCUGAUACUAUUACUAAAGGCUAUCGUGUUGUGUAUGUUACGGUUAAAGUAGGAAUCCGAGUAACAUGCACGUGGGUUUGUGUCCGAACAUUUUGAAAAAAUUUUUAACACCACAAUUUGUCCUUCAUUGACAGAACACUGUAAGAGAGUGCCCGGGAAAAGUGUACCUUGCCCGGGAUCAAACGGGCACAGUUAUUUCGAUUGGUGUUUAUACGUAAAAAUUACCUAUUCCUACAUAUUUAUAAAAAAUAGACGUACUUUGGAGCACUGUUACAUUUUAUACACCGAUAAUAUACUAUUUUUUUCGAUACCAGUGGCGUAUUUACGGGGGGGGGGUGUCUAUGGGGUCCGGACCCUCCCCCCAUUGACCUCAUUUAUACCUAUCUAAACAUCCGUGCUAACAUAAGUUGAAACUACAUAAACUGUUAUAUUUUUAUAAUUACAAAAAAAAAAAAAAAUGUAAUUAUAAUAUUGUUAUAUUAACGUAUCUUUGAUUUUAUUAGACGUGAUAAUAUUUUUACAGUUUACAGGGACAAUGGAUAAUUAUAUAUUAUAUUCAUUAUAUAUUGUUCGAAAUAUUCUGGAGACAUGAAACUAUUUACAGGCAUUUGGCAUUUGGCAUUUUCAAGUUUUUUUUUUUUUUUUUUUACAAUGAAUGUACUUAUUAAUCAUAUAAAGCGAAAAUAUCAUUGUUGACAAGACGCACUGCUAUAGCGUCUCACACUCCUCGUCUGGUGAGCCGCCACUGGUAUUUUCGGUCGCUGAUGAUUGUGCUUAUGGCAAUAAACAUUUUGUUUUCUAUUUAGGCGUGCCGUAGUAGUAUAGAACACAACGCACUUACUCGUAUUAUAAUAUUUUAAUAUCUUGAGAGUUUAUAAGCAAGUGCCUAUAUAAUAUGAUUAUAAUAUAAUGCUAAGAUGUGAUAAUAUUAUAAUGUAGGUAGGAAUUACACGGAACACACACCGUCGAGUUGCUAUUACAGCGCGAGUCGCUCUGUUCCCUCCAUUGUCCGCGUUCCCGACCGAGAACCGCCGCCGGCGCCGCGUCCGUACACGUCAUCCCUUCGCGGGGUUCCCGGGGGACGACUAAAUACGCGUUUGUGUAACGCGGCGGCGGCGGCGGCGGCGGCGAACUUACGGCGACGGUGGCGGCAACGGCGGCGGCGGCGGCAUUAGUUGCGCGAAUCAAUGCUAGGUGUCGCUCCAGAGUCAUUCGACUUUUAAUCAAUGAAGGCAAAUGGCGACCCACAAAAAAGAAAAAAAAAAAAGGAGAAAAAAAGCGAAACGUUCUCACGGAGAAAAGCACAUUCGUAACGCAUUUCCAUUCGCGCGCGCUCGUCGUCGUCGUCGUUCGUCGGUCCGCGGUGAAGUAUUAUAGCAGUACAUACCUAUACUAUAAACUCCACCCGGCAUCGUGUCGUAAAUUCACCUUUCAUUAUUCAACUGCGGGCUAUUUUGACAACGCUCCACGCUUGUCUACGGUAUUAUAUUUCAAUUAUUAUCACUUGUUUUCGCCGCGAAAUAUUAUAAAAUUAUAAUAUUUUAACUUUUUUUUCUUUCCGUGUCAUUCGCCUGAACAAUCGUAUUGUUUUCUCGGUACCUACCUACGUGUAUUAAAUAUUCGCGAAUUGUCGUCGCCGCUCCGGUAUAGGAGUAUUUUUUUUUCGUUAACGAUUUUUGUUUAGUUUUUUUUUUUUGGCCCGACACGAUCGUUUUAUAAUCCACACGCGACACCCGACAGACCCACAAGGCGAGGUGAGUAUUAUAUUAUUUUAUAAAUAUAUACGAUAUUAUUAUACACGCGUGCUAUAAUAUAGAUAGAUAAGUACUAUGGUAAAAUCGUCAAUUGUUAUUGGGUAGGUGUUAUAUUUUUGACCCAAGUUUAUUUUGUGAAAAAAGUUAUUUCUAAAAAUCACUAGGUAUAUUGCAGUACCUAUGUCGUAUAACGCUCGUAUCAUCGUAUUAUUGUGUAUGACCGAACAUUUUUCGAUUAAACGAUAAAUAUUCGAGUAGGUACCUACAUAUACGGAUAAAUUAUAGUUUUUGAAAAAUAAAAAAUAAAAUAUGUUAUGUAUGGUAUCAUUAUUGUAAAGUCGUAUGCGGGUGUACAACAGCGACCAUCGCGAAUCGCCGCGUUCGUCUUUUGUUCGUGGCGAGUAUGUAUAACGUACGAUUAACACUGUAAAUUAUAUAUUAUAUAUUACAAAAAAAAAAAAAUAAAUAAUAAUAAAUGUACACUUUAUCAGGUGCGUAUACCUACAAAUCGUGGGUGAAAAACUUUUGAACCCUUGUAAUUCCUACAAUCCUUUAAAACCUUGGGAGAUUUCGUACAAACAAUAAUUCCCUGAAAUUAGUAAUUGAGCAUCGAAAAUUAUACUGACAUUUUUUAAAUAAAUCUAUGCGAGGUCUUCCAUCAGUUUUGCCUUUCAAUUUAUUUCAUUAUGAAAUGCUUGUUCUAUUUAAUUUUUUUUCGAUGAUUGACCUUUGUGAACAUUUUUUUUUUUGUUUUUUUGCAAUUUAAUAUUUUAUAAUAAAACUAAUUUGAUAUAUAUAUAUAUAUACAUAUAUAUUACAUAUUUUUCUUUUUUAAAAAUGCGAAAUUUAACGAUAUUGAGAGGCUGGAAAUUAUAAACUACUACUUUUUAUAUAAUCGUUAUUAUGCCAGUUAUUGGGUGGAAUGCGUGGACUUCUGCGACGGUUUUGACACUUAAACAUAGGUAGUUAAUUCAAAAUAUCUAUGUAUUUAUAUUUACAUAAAUUAAGCGUCCAAACAUCUAUAGUUAUUGGAAUUAUUAUAUGAUGUACUGGUGCCCGAUCGGGAUAUUCAAAUUAACUGGGUACUAUAGAUCGGAUUUGACGAAUUCGAAAAUUCGGGUCAAGACGUGCGGAAAACCAUGCGGAAUAAAACCUCUGUGAUUUCAUAGGUACCCACUAUAUCUUGUAUUCCUGCAAAGCUAUACUAUCGUGUGAUUGGAUGUAAUCAGUGUAAUUGAAUAAUACAAGUAAAACUCAUCGGUUAGAUAUUUAUUAUUUUGUUAGUUAGUGGUUUCUCUCGUUAAAAGAAAAAAAAAAAAUAUAUAUAUAUAUAUAUUUUUCACAAUAUAUUAUCCGACUUCGCCACACUCACACAUAUAUGAUGAGUAUAUAUAGCCAUAUAGGUACCGAGUAAUGUCUAGCUGUCCGUGUUUAAUCUCACGUACAACUGUUACCGUGUUACCGGAGUUCGGAAUAGUACAACAUCGAUCGUUAAACGCGAAAAGAAAAUUUAAUUUUUUCACUCCGAACACGUAUACCGUCCACUUAUAGUGGACGUGUAUAAUAGUCGUUAUUCGCGAUAAAUAGGUACCACGUAUAAUAUAUUGUCAUCUAUUUAAUUCUACAGAAAAUUACCUAGUUACGUUGCCGAAUUUUAUUAUACCCGUUCAAUAUUUUACGUCCCGCGUAUUUUUAUAGUAAUAAUAAUGUAAGAUUACGGCAGGUCGUAUUCGCUUAUUCGCUGCAAGUGGCGGGCGUUAUACAAGAUUUCCUAGCUAUUGCGCGAGGAUUAGAUACAGGUGCCUAUAAAUUGGUGUAUAGGUGCUGGACAUUUUUAUUUGUGCGCAAAAAUCUUUUUGAUAUAUUUUAUAAUAUAUUUAUUUUUUAUUUUUCAAAUGUACAAUAAUAAUACGAGAACACUUUCUCUAGUGAGAGAGAGAACGUCGUCGUAUAUAUUGAUACGCCCCUGCAGUAUUCUUACCUAUACAUUUAAGGGGUUAAAUAGAUAAUAUCAUUACAAUCAUGUAGGAAAUUGUCGAAAAAAAUACAAAUUAAAUCCAUCGAUUCUAUAAUAUAUUCGGAUAUUGAUAAAAUAUUAGUACCUCGUUACCUCGUAUCAUCGUUAUUACAAGACAUGUUGAAGUAUUUAUUUCGAAUAGUCGUGGAAUUUUUUUCGAACAAAAUAUUGUAAAUUAUGCAAAAAAAAAAAAAAAAACAGUUGUUGUGGUAUUUUACGUUGAUCUGUAUAAAGUGGUGUAAGCGUGAAAAGAGAGGUUAAGAUUUAGGUGAGGUAAAUAUUAUCUUCGAUUCGUUCAAAUAGUUGAUCUCGAGGUCUGAUCCAAUAUUGUUUUUGUUGUUUUUGCCUCUUGUAGUGGAUAACUCACUGUUAUUGUUAGCGCUACGUUUAUGUUACCAUCAAGGUUCACCUGCAUCACAUUGAAAAUUUAUAUCAAAAGUGUGUUUUCGUUUUAUUAACGAAUUAUAAGAAGUAUAUUAUUAUUAUAUUACUUAACUGUAAUAUUUUUAAUGAAAUACAAAUAUGUACUUUCGAUUUUCACACGUCAUGUAUGUACUUACCAUUACCUAUAUAAAUUUAAUAAUAUAAAAUCAAUUGUAAAAAAAUUUUAAAUUAUUUAAAAAGCCACAAAAUGUUAUGAUAGUAAUUCAUUAUUUAAAAAUUAAAUAGAAUAUAAAACGAUCAUGAAAUCAGUAGGUAGGUAUUAUUAUUUUUGUUUUUGGGGCUCCGAUAUCCAGGAAUUUUUUUGCUUAAUAAAAUACCUUUGGGAAAAACUUUUAUGCCUCGAAGAGUGGUUCGUUUUCAAUAGUUAUUUUUUAUUGGAAAGACAAGCCUUUCUGCAUCCCAUAUUGAAUUCCAUUUUUCAAUAUUUCCAACUCAAAUUUAAUAAUGGAAAAUGUUUAACUUUUUUUAUCAACUCUUUUAUAAAUCAUUAUCAAAUGACAAACCACAGUUCAAUGCGAUCUGUAUAAUAUGUUUGUGUAUCCAAUUAAAAGAAAAAAAACGAAAGGAAUAUUUGACAAUACGUAAUUAAUAAGAUAGAUAAUUAGUAAAUUAUUGGAAAAGCCAUAUAUUUACGGUCGUCAUUAAAAUGUCAAAAACAAUUUUAUAAUUUUACAAAAGUGGACAAAUUUGGUAAACUGGUAAUGGAUUCCUUAGUUAUAAAAUAAAAAUAUAUUUAACAUUUUUUAACUCGUUGAAUUUUUUUACUGUAGAAAUUAUAACAGGUAUAUUAAAACUUUAUAUGGUUUUUUUUUUUUUAAUUGAAAAUAAAUUAAUACUAUAAUAUUGUUUUAUAAUUUUUAACAAUUUUUCAAAUCAAAUGAUAAACUUUAUAUAAAUACCUGUAAUCUGUAUUAUUAUUGUUUUCAAAAUUUAAUGGUUUCCAACAUAAUAUUAUUCAAAUUUGUGGAAUAUUUAUUUUGGACGAUAGAAUUUUAAGUUAUGUUAAUAUAAAAGUCUUGAUAAAAAUCUAUAGCAUAGCGAAAAGACAACGCAGUUACUAUAUAUUAAUAUACUUUCCCCGAGGGCAUUUUUCUUUGUUUCAAUUUAAUGUUAAUAAUAUUUGAAAACAAACAGCGGUGUCCUAUUUAUUCGACUAUAUUUUUUUGAACUUCCGACCGUUAUUACUUUUAUUUUCCAAAUAAUGCAUUUCUGAUAAUAUGUCGUAUCUUUAUAUGAAAAAAUCAAAAAAAAAAAAUCAUAUUUGAUAAAUAAAUGUACCUAAAUAAAAUUAAUAAAUUAAUUAUCUGACAGCGAGUAUAUUUGUUUAUUAAUUUAAUAUAAUUAAAUAGUAGGUAUCUAUGUAUUGAAAAAAAAAAUGUGUUGGUUUAAUUAAGUAUGUUAUUAUACUAAAUUAUGAACACAAAUAUACUUGUUAUGGUUUUUUUUUUUUAAUUUAUACGAAAAAAAAUCAUAUUACAGUGAUUUGCAACAAGUCUAGUAUUUUGUGUUAGAAAUUUCAAAUAAGGUAUUUAUAUCUUUGAAAUCCUAAAUGUGACUCGUAGUUCAUUCUGAAAACUCAUAUUAUUACUUAAAAGAUAAAACAAAGUAAAAUUUAAAUAUUAUUCAGACGUUUUUAAGUUAUUUAUAGUUAUUUAAAAAGGUUGAGUAUUUUUAGUUUUAGUCAAUGCAAUUUUUUGGCUUCUCAAAAAAAAUCUAAUAUUUGUUACAAGGUUUGGCAUAAGUUUUAUUUUGUGAUUAAAAAAAAAAAAACAAGCCUAGAAAAUCAUUAUUUUUUUUAAGUGUUUUAUGUUCAAUUUUGUGAUAAAAUUUGUUUAAAACAAUUGUAAUAAUUUGUUUUUUUUUUUGUUUUUUAUAUCGCUUCCCCCAAAAGAUGAACACUCAAAUUUAUAUUUUGUAGUUGUUUUUAUAGAAAAAAAAAGUUUCUUGUAGAUAUUUCAAUGUGUGUUCCAAGUAAUAAUAAUUGUAUAAAAUUCUCAUUUUGAAAUUGUUUGUUUUAUUUACUACAGAGUUAUUCGACAGCGACCGAUUAUUAUUAACACAAAUAAAUACGGAGGAAAAUAAUAUAACUGAAUUUAUAUCGUAUAAUUUCAUUAAAAUUCUAUCAAAACUACUGCGCAGUAUUUAUUGUUUCUGUAUCAAAUUAAUUAAUGUCUAUGUAUAUAUAUUUAUUUUUUUUAAUCUUACAAACAGAUAUUUAUUAAUGCAUUUCAGAUUAAAUUUAGCAAUGUUAUUAUGAUUACUAUAUUUUUUUUAAUAAUUGUAUAGGGACGCGUUUUUCCUUUCAACCGAUUUAAAUUAGAUAUUAUAAGUAUUUUUUAAUCUCGUUUGAUUUUAUAAUAUUUUUUUUCUCGUUUUUAACUGUUUUCCUUUUUAUACCCAGUUAAAACUCCGGUGUUAAAAAACACAUAAAAAAUGUGAAAUAUUUCUUUCGUAUUGGAUUAAUCAAUUUAUAAAAAAAAAAAAAGUAAUUUAAUUUGUAUUAUAUAUGUAAUACAUUUUUUUUUUUUUGUAUAUUAUUUAUUUUUAAUUUUUCGUAUUUGAGAUGAGAGCGGUCUAUGAUAGGAAUUGAAAUAAAAUUAAAAAAAAUCUGUAGGUUUUAAAUGCUUUGGAAAAUAACUGUUUAUAGUUAUUUGUUUUCAUUGAAUAUAGUGAAAAAUAUUUCUUUUCAUCUAAGUUUUUACGCAAUAUGGUUUUAGAUUCCCAGUGUAGCAAGGUCAUUUUUUGAUUUUCGGGAGAAAAACGUAGGAAGGUUAGGUUAAAAAAAAUUACUUCAAAUUAUGUAUUACCGAACUGCGCUCGGAAUCGCCUUUUGUCAAGAAUGGAUUAUCGUUAUUGACAGAUAUGAAUGAAAUAACCUUAUGUAUCCUAAUUUCCCAACUUCUCACCUACAACAGUGGCCGGGUGCGGCCGGGGUGAACGGGUACGUUCCCAGUAUCAGCUCUUUUUUUUUAUUAUUAUUAUAACUAUUUAAAAUUUUUUUUUUUUAUUCUAUUUACCAACGCCAAUAUAAAUUUGUAACUAUAAGGAUUCUUUUCAAAUUCGUAACAAAAAUAUUUGUUUUGUGUGUAGUGACACUAAACAAUUUUUUGUACUUUUCAAAAGCCAAAUGUAUUAUAAUUGAUAAUUGCGUAUUUUACAUUUUUAGAUUAUAAAUUCAUUUUCGUGGGUUUAAUAUAAUAGGUAUAAUUUUAUUAGUAUUAUGUUAGACUAUAUAAGUUAUAUCCGAACCUGGGCGUUAAAUAUAGGUGUAAAGUAAAAAGUUACUUUUACUAGUAAAUUUUAAUUUAAUCAGUUACAUGGUAUUUAAAUUUUGAAAAACAUUAUUUAUAACUUAUUACCUUAUUUUAGAUACCUGAUAACUUAUUUAUAAUCUCAUGCGCUAAAAAAAAAUAUUAAUUAUCAUUUAUCUGCUUCUUAGCUAAUGAAUUCAAGUGCAUAUAUGCACUGAAGUGGUGAUAAUAAUUUUUGGUAUAGGUCUAGAAAAUGUGCUGCUUUUUUUAAUUUAUAGUUUUUCUUGAUUGAAAUUUUCCUAAGAAAUUAGUGACUUCACUGCAUAACAAGAAGAUGAUUCUGAAAUUCUAAUAUUCUAAUAUUAUUUAGUACUUCCAUAACUUCAUGUAUAACUGGUUUAUCAGUUUCCAGUGAAAUAAGGCCAAUAACCAGAGGCAUUUAAAACUCUCCGGAGGCGUUUUGUUGUUGCACUAAAUUAAAAUCUAAAAAUCCAGACAUCUCUAUUUGUAAGAUAUCUCUGUAUAUAAUAAUUGGGUUUACCUGAUUGUCGCACCAAACAUCAAAUUUUUAAUCGUGUCAAAAUAUGUCGUCUAGCAUUUUUAGUUUGACAUCUCUAGAUAAACUUUUUAUUGAGUUACAGCAAAUGCUUGCAAUGAUCCUUUGAUAUUUGUUUUUAGAUUUUCUAAGUCCCGUUCUAAUAAUGUCCGGUUAAGUGUCGAUUAGCGCUAACCGGCAGUUAUACUGAAAUUUAACCGACAGUUGGUUCUUACAAGGAAAAAGUCUCCGAUUACUGGAGGUUUUACUGGAGGUUUUUAACCGGCGUAAUUCUGCCGGUUAUCCUCCGGUUGAACUAAAAUCUCUCGGAUUGUGUUACCAAUAGAUACCUACUACUAGGUGGAAUCGGAAUAGGAUAAAAAAAAUACACAUCAUUGUAAAACCAAUAGAUCCUUUGUUAUGCUUCAUAUCUAAUAAAAAUUUGACUUAAAACACAAAUUUCUUCUAAUUAAUAUUCUAACCUAACUAAUGUUAUUCAUUUUAUAAAUUUAAAAACCAACUUUCGAUUCUAUUUGUGUUGGUUUGUUGUUAUAUGAUUUUAUUUUAUUUAACUAACAGGCUUUGGAUAUAUCACACACCUAUCUAUUAAAUAUUUAUGUACUAUUAUAAUUUUAUAUUUAAUAUUAAUUAGUAGGUAAACACAAAAAAACAAAUUAUUAAAUGCUAUUGUACUUAAUUAGCUAUUCUACACAAUACCUAAUGUAAUAAAAAAAAAUUGGAUGGGUCACAUGAAAAUAGCAGGAAUAAGGUAAUUAUCCACUAAAAUUAUAUUAUAUACCAUUAUUAUGUAGUAUUGUACGUUGUUUUUAAAGAUGUCGAUGACUCGUACUGAGUAUACACUUUAACUAUACGACCCAAGUAAUUACAUUUAAAAUUAAUUAUUUUUUCAUCAUAUAUAUAUAUGUACACAAUUUUGUACUUAUUUUGUACUUCGUAAAACAGAUUCGAAUUAUCUAUGAAUAGGUACUUUAAAUAAAAUUAAUUUCGGUUUUUUCAUUCAUUAAAUUAUACAGAUACUCUUGUAUAAUCGUUUAUACAAUAUUUUCAAAAUAUUACUUUUAUUCCAUGUACCAUAAGCACAAAUGGAACUAAAUUUCGAAAGGGCAUAUAUUUUAAAAAAAAAAUGUUGACAUAUGAUGCAUAAUACAAAUAUUGGAUUCUGUAUUUACCUACCAUUUUAUGAAUUAGAUCUGCUUAAAAUUUUAGACCGGAGGGUUGCCAUCUAAAAAUGGACACCAAAUAUUUUAUUAAAUAAUAUUAUAAUACUAAUAAUAAACUAUUUAUUAUAUUAUAUUUUAUAUUUCAAAAUUGUGUUAAAGAUGGGUGAAAGUUGCCAUUCGAAAAUUAGAAGUUAAUACUCGUUUUAGGUUGUAUAAAGAAUAGUGGUACAAAUAUGGUUUUUUAACACCAAAAUUAAUCCUCACUUAAUAAUGUAUAUAAAGCUUUAAAUUUAAGUUUUUUUUUUAAUUAACAAUAAAAAUAAUUUUGGCUAAAAUAUUUUUCAUUAAUUUUCAAAAGAAUUUAUAUGACAGUAAUUUAUGUAUUUUAAUGUUAGUUGAUUUUAUAUGGAUUUAUAGAAAGAUUUUUAUAAUAUAUUACGAGUAAUAUUACAAUAUUAUAAUAGUUACAAAUGAGUUAUAACAUAUUGGCAUUGAUCGGGGGUUAAUCGGACAAAGUCGGGGGCUACGUGAAGUAGGCUAAAACUUUCAAAGUGGCUAAAAAGCAAAGUUACAAAUUGUGUAAACUAAGUUACAAAUAGUUACAAAUAAGUUAAAAAAUAUUGGCAUUGGUCCGAAGUCGAAAGUCGGGGAGCCAACUUCUCGUACGUUGAAUAUAACGUAUAAAAAAAAAAAAUUAAACUCUAUAGCGAUUAGUGAAAAUUACAUAAAUCAAAUGUAUAUAUGUAAAACCGUCUGAGAAUAUUGCUGGAGCUUGAUAAAAGAAACCAUUCUAUAUAUUUACGUUGGUGUAUAUACGUAUUUUCUACAAUUCACUUAAUAAAAUCAAAUGACAUUUAUAAACGAUAUUAAAAAUUAAAUUAAAUUGUAUGUUUGAGAAUUAUCUUCUUAUAGUAGGCGAGAUUAAAUCGUUUAAACUCUUUAGAGAAAGCCGUAAUAAUUAAACUUAUUUUAAAAUGGUUUUUAUUUCCUUACAAUCGGAUAGUUUUAUUUUUCUUCUUCAUCCGUAUAAUUUUAGUGUUUUAGUCAAGUAAAUGUCGUUUUUAUGUGAUUAUUUUUUUAUUUAAAUGAAACUCUAAGUCAUUUUUUUCUGUUUCUAAAAUAAUAAUUAAGUAUACUCACGAUGCCAAAUGAAUUCAUUAAUUCAAAUUUUAAACGAAAAAACAUUAUUAAAUUAUGUAUUUAUUAAUAAAAUACCAAUAUUAACCUUUUCUAAACUUUGAAAAUAUUAUAGUGAUUUUUGAUUGAUUUAAAGACAUUUAACAUGUUCGUAUUAGCUAGUUUUUAUUUAAAUUUAUGUUGAUGUAAUUUUUUGACCGAACAGAAAUACUUUUAUUUUGUUCUUUGGACGAUUUUGUUCUUUUUAACAUAAUAUAUAGCCACUGACAGAGAAAGUCAUUUUUAGAUAGUUCAAGUAGUUUUUAUAAUAAUUGGGAAAAACCAAAAAUGACGUAGAAUAUAAUUUUUUUUAUUUAGUAGGUACCCUGUGAAAAAAAUUAUUAGAAUUUACAAAAAUACUUCAAAAUUUGAUAGUAGGUUAUUUAUAACUCGUACUUAGUGGUCAAAAAAAAAAAUUAGUUUUAUGUAUAAGUAUUUAUAUUUUAUAAAAAUUUUAAAAUCAAAUUUAUACGAAAAUUGUAAAUAUUAUGGCUCUUCAAAUUAGCUAUAACCGAACUUCAAUCAGAAUUGUUUUUCGUUGGAAAUGGUUUAUCAUAAAGUUUUAAUUGCAAACUAUGAAAAUGUAUUUAAAUAAAUUAAAAAUUGUUUAUUCAUUUCAUAAUUUAAAUUUCGUAAAUCGUAGAAGCUAUUUUUUUAAACUCAUAUGCAUUAAUAAGGCUGAUUCCUUAUUAUUUAUAUUUGUAAUGUAAUUUAUAUUACCACAUAAGACUAAAUCUAAAUCUAGAAAAACUACUUUUAGCGACCUAAGUAUUUUAUUCUAAAUUGUAUAAACUGUCGACCGACAAUAAAUAUUAUUCUACAACAACUGUAUGAAGGUAAAUGUAAGGCUAAACCAGUUUUGUAAGUUGCUAAAAUAAAAUUUUCUAACGGUAAAUUUCCAAUACCUGUAAUAAUUCAAUCAUAUCAGUUUAUAGGCUAUGGAGGGUAAAACAGGUCAACUCUCAGAAAAUCGAUAAAUUUUAUAAAUGUCAUGCUUUUUCGAAAUGUCAAUGUUUUCAUAAUGUAUUAUAUAUUUAUACGAUUAUGAAAGCUCAAUUUACCCGUUAUAAGUGAACAAACAUUUUACUGGUGGCUUUUUAUUUUUAAAAAAAAAAUUUUAUUUUUGCAGCAGAUUUGCAACAUAUACCUAAAUCUCCGAGUGUUUUAUUCUACUAAAAUCAAAUAUUUUAUUUUCCGCAUACUUUUUAUUAUAAUCAUUGGUUUUUGAACAUUUUGAUUGUGUUUUUACAUGCAAUUAUAAUACUAUUGUUAUUAAUUUAUUUUUAUUUUUUAAGCGUAAAAUUUUAUUAUUAACAUUUAUUUUGUUUAUGAUAAAAAAUGAUUUUAUAAAUUAAUAAAUAUCAUAUUGUUAUAAAUGCAAGACUGUGAAUAAUAAUCAUAUUAUUUGUUAAAUCGUUGGUGAAUGACAUUAAAAUUGUAAUAAAAGGUACCGAUAUUUAUCCGGAUUCUGAAUUUGGCAGUCAUAAUUAUUUUGUGUUUGUCGUCUAUGUACCGUAAUGUUAAAUUCAAUUUAAAUAUACCCUCCCUGUUCACCUUUAUAUUCGAAGCGUGUGCAGGGCUAACUAUUCUUAUUUUUGCUCUCCGCAUCUUUCAACUUAUUAUUAAUUUGUCUACUCCGCAUUCAUCUCAUAUCUUGGAAUUUUUCUUUGGUCGCCAUUUUCCCCAUAUUCUAUACAAUCUAUCUGUGUAUCUAUUGUAAUCUCACCUAUCUUCUCGAUCAGCACAUCUUUCUCAUUCUUUUUGAAAACGUGCUCACACAUCAUCUAAAUCUGUAAUAUGUAAUAUUCUCACCCAUUUUGAUUGAUAUGCCUGCAACUAACCAUUUAUGAUUCGUUCUUAAUCCAAUAUCUAUCUUUUUUAUCCUACAAAUUACACCAUCUCUUAUCCAGCGUGAUAUUUUCAUUUCCACUUCCAUAUUUAGUAUUGCAUAUUAUCAUAUUUAAUUCAAUGACCGCAGAAAUAAUCAGACCCAUACAUCAACGUUGGAGGCCUCAACACAACUGUUUUCUCUAAAAUGUCCCUUUUAUCAUUUUUGUUGUGCAAAUAAAUAGUAAAACAAUUAUGAUAUACAACAGAACAUUAUCUAAUAGUAUCGUCUGAUGAUUUUGUAUAAUAUAUAUUUUAUAGGUAUUUCAGCAAACCAAUUUGUAACACAUUACUCGGGCGUUUUGUGUAAUGGAAAAAUGAUGCUCGGAGGAUGGGGCCGAAGUCCUGGGAGCAGCGGAUCCGUGCCGCCAUCGGGCCAGCGGACCGGUCACCGGCUGUUACCGUUGCCUUUCAACAGGACUGGAGGUGGCAGUGGAAGCGGCGGAAGCGGUGGCAGAGCAGCGGAAGCCGAAGACGUCAUGGGACAUUACGGACGGAACAAGCAAGGCAACGUGAAUAAAAUACGUACGGGCCUGUACUAUUCGCCGCCGGGCACGUCGUACACUAUACUCGAAAAACCACCGGCUUCGUCACCACCGCCGCCGCCGCCACCCAGGGCCACGUAUCUAAGAGAAUCGUCAGCCGGUAUGUCCGGACCCAAUCACCCGGGUAAGUAUAUUGCAUUUCCAAUGACGUUGCAGGAGAGUGGCGAAGAGAUUUUUUUUUAAAAUAAUCCGUAUUGAAAUUUCAGUCAUCCCAAACACCAGCCGGUUCAUAUAGCGAUAAAAAUUGUUUUCCCUGAAUUUUAAAAUAUAUCAAACUUUAAAUAGUAUUUCAUAACCAACACCGAAUUGUAUUCGAUAAAUUUAUCAAUCGUAAUAUGUGCUUACGAUUGAUCAGCAAUUUCUAUUGCAGUUUUCAUUAUAUAUAUAUGCCUCCUUCGUAAUAAGUAUUUAGCUAAAGACAGAUUACUGAUACAUUGUUUGAAGGAGUAAAUACCAAUAAGUAUGGUACCAAUUUCUACCUGUAUACAAGUAUAUGUUUAAUGAUUCUAUACCAAUAAAAAUUUAUAUUUAAAUUCCUCUCCUCCCUCUCACCCAAUAUUAAAAUGCUGAUCACUAUUGUCUACUUGCCUUGUCGUAACUAAAUUGGUGUUGGUUUAAAAUUAAAAAAAAAAAAUUAAAAAUGAUUGUACUUUAUGUUUUUUACUUCUUCGUAAUUGAAAAUCGUUCUUUUACAUAAAUUAACGCUACGUUUGUCAUGUCUGUACUAGCUAUAUUAAGUAAUAAUAAUUAUAGUUCAAGUGAAAUUAACCAAGUGCGCGAGGUGCAAAAAUUGCGAGUCAGGUUUUUUUUUAUUUAUUUAUAUCAUCCAAUGGCUCUUUGAAAUAUAAAAUUAAAAAAAAACCUUUUCACCCAUAUUAAGAUGUAUACCUUCAUUUUGUUUUUAAUUAAUUUUAAUUUUUUUAAUUUUGUUUUUUGAUUUUUUACAUACAGGUGCCGGUAGCAGUAGUAAUCGUUCCAACAACACCAGUUCGCGCGGGAAUUCCGGCAAAAAGAGACCCAUCUCUCCGGAACAAGUUCUGAAGAUGUUCGCGGCACCCAACUAUAAUGUAUCUACUUCGUAUCAUGUAUCUAAUUCUAAAGCACAAUCGCCACCACCUCACGGGUCGAAAGCUCCACAAUCGCACAACACGUCAUCUAAAGUGCACAAUGACAAUCUCACAGUACGCACGAUAUCCAUGUCGAGGCCAAACGUGACAUCGGGAAGUCCGUCCAAUCAGGGUUUUGGCAUCUGUGUCAAAGGAGGAGCAGACGAGUCAAGUAAGUGUCAGAAACAUUUUUACGUCUUUAGCGUUUUUUUUAUAUAAAAACUUUUUUGAGAGUGUUUGACCUUUACAUAUUUUAUCUCAAUUAAUUUAUUUUGCGUGUUUUCUAUAACAUUUAAUGAUACCCUCUCUAUCAAAUUAAUUCGUACAUGGAUUAAACCUAUUUUAAUAAUCCUAAUUCUUUGUGUACAGUAUCCACGUCUAAGAAAACAAAAAUUUUAAAUUUUAAAAUCUUUUUUCUUAAAAUACUUAAAUUGUUAUUAUUAUUAUUAUUAAUUCAUUGGUAUGCAAUUAAAAAAUAAACUAAAAUAAUCUACAAUCAUUUAAAACAAAUAUAGUUAUUUUUAAUACAAAAUGUGAUAUUAUUUUUGUCUGCAUGAAAGGUUUUAAAUUAAAUUUCGAUUACUAUAAUUGUUUAAUUCUUAAUAAUUAUUUUUAAUUAUAACCUACUUAAAAUUAAAAUAAAAAAAUAAAUAACAAAUAACAAAUUGUUUCUUGCUAAUUAUUAAUAAAAUACUUAAAUUGUCAUCAAUUCCGUUACUGUCUUCUAUUUCAUUACUACUAUCUUUAGAUAUUUGUUAAGAUCCAGACAUUUCUUUAUCAUUUAUUUGAUUUGUAUUUGUCCAUGAAUAUUUUGAAUUUAUAUGAAUUUGAAGGAGCAAAUGUUUGUCAUUGCCUAUUUCUUCAAGAUUAAUUUUCCAAAUAGUUGUAAUUACCAAAGUAGCUUCUACAAUACCAAUUACUAAACUGUUUCUUGAUUUUGUCCAAUAAUUAUUCAUUAAUAAAAAUAUUAUUUCUAUUGCAUUAUUAGAUCCAGGUAAUGUAAAUGUAAAUUCUAUCAAUUUUAAUAUCAUAGAAUUAUGUGUUUAUUUCUUUGAACAAUUUAUGUAUUAAUAUCCAUUUCCUUUUUCAAAAAUUGAACUAUCCCAUUUUGUAGAUUCUCUAUCAGCAUCUUUUCUUGUUGUUCAAAAAGUUCUUCUUCAUUCAAAAUAUUAUUAAAUUUUGAUUUAACAAAAUGUAGAACUUAAUAUAGAACUUUCAUAAAUUUGGUCAAUUUAAUUUAUUUCUUUGCAACAUUAAAAUCCAUGCUGUGAUUUGAAGUCAGCUAUUUGAUGCUGAUUAGAAACACUUCAAUCAUUCAAAUAAUUUUUUAUAAAAAUUAUAAAAUGUAGUACAAAUGUCUGUAAACUGUCUUAUUGUAAUUUCACCGUUUACUUCCAAAUAACCAAGUAUUUCUUCAAUAUCACUAGAAAAAAAAAUAUCAUCUUUUAUUCGUUAUCUUUUCAGUUAAUUGGUCCAUAAUUGAUACAAGAUUCACGGGACUCCAUUUUUGAAAUUCAAUUUUUUUUUGUAGAUGUUAACAGUUUUCAGUUAACUUGAACUUGACAAGAAUUUAAACCACAACAAAGUUUAAUUUUUAAAAAAAUGUUUGUACAAUUUUUUCGGGAUAAAAAUAUGAUUUGAGUGUAAUGAACAUUGCUAUUAUUCUUUCAAUCGCUGGUUGUAAACAUAACUAGUAUUUGAAUAAGAUAAUAUUUUUACAUUCUUAGUGUAGUUACAUAGAUGUUUAUUUGUUUAAUUUUUUUUUUUAUGUGAACACUUUUUCUACCAGUAAACUUACUCCGAUGUAUAUGAUGUAGACCGUUUUCUGAAAGGAAAUUUUUUUGGUAUUUAGUAAUAAUCUUUAAUAAUUUUUUCGAUUUUCUCGGAAGUUUUCUCAUCAAAUGAGAAAAAUAGAAAAAAAAAUGGAAAAUGCACGAAAUAUAUUAGUAAAAUAUUACAGCCUUUUUUUUUUUUUAUCAGCAAUUUUGUACCGAUUUAUAAUGAUAGCACUUUUUUUAAAACUAAAUCAGACUAGGAAGGUAUUUGAAGAAGAUUAUUUUUCGAUUAUUCCAAGAUUUUUCCAUAUGAAAAACCAGGAAAAUCGGUACGAUAUUAAACAAAUAUUAUUAAAAAAAAUAUAUAAUGCAUAUUUAAUUAUUUUACAAUAAUAUGGCAUAUAUAUUGUUGACAAAACAUCACUAUUAAAUGAGCUCCGCUUAGUAUCGUUUUUUCGUUAUCAAUGGCUUAUCUUUGCUCACAUAUAUAUAUUAAAUUCCCUUUUGUAUCCUACUAUCACAAGUCUACCUGCAACAGUGGCUACACCCGUCCCCAUUUACCCAGGACAACUUUUUUUGUACAGAAUAUUAACAAAAUCAUAAAAUUACUUAAGGGUAGGACCCUUACGGUAUAAAUAUGGGAAAAUCCGAAUAUUUUAUAAACAAUUGAUUCAAUAUCAAUUGGAAGACUAUCUACUGCAUAUUGAAUACUAUUAUGUACUAUGUGUGCAAAAUUUUUUUGACUUGACUCACGGCACCCUUAAUUAUUUUCUAAAAAUCCGGAGGCACCCUAUGGCCUAUAUUCUAUACUGAAUACGCAAAAUAGUAAUGUAUCGUGUAUUUAAAUUUAUAUUUUGUAACUUCGGUUUUAUUUAGCUAAAUGCCUUAGUACAAACAAAAAUAGUAGGUAUAUACACUUAUUAUAUUUUAUAAAAGCAAAUUAUUGUUCAAUAUUAAUAUUUAGGUUAUAUGAAAUCUUGUUUUCAUCUAACUUUCGUUUUUUAAUAAUACAUUUUUCCAUUUUUUCAACUAAAAUGUAAUUUUAUUAUAUAAAAUAUCUAGAAACUACCGAAAUAUGUUUCGUAGCGAUAUUUAAGACCAGACUGAUUGUACUAAAAUUGUUAGAAUGUUAUACGAUUAUUUAUUAUUUUGCCGGUACAUGUUAAUAAUAAAUAAUAAAGGUAAGAUAAAGUCACAAGUAUUUCACCGUAAAUAAGUGGUAGAGUGAUAACUUUGUAACAGUCCGCAUCAAAGCGAUAGCAAUCAAACCAAAAUUAAAAUAAAUUGAAUAUCACAGUAAUACUAUGUACAAAUUAUAUUUAUUAUAUAAUUAAUAUAUUAAAUUAUAUUGUAUAUGAUUAAUUAUACACAAUAGGUUUUAUACUACAGAGUAUAGUACUAUAGUCUGUUUUAUAACUCACAGUGCUAUAAUUUUCAUGAAGUAUUCUUUUUUUUUAAAUAUAUAUUUUAAAUAAUUUUACGGCACCCUAGGGUGAAUAGUAGGGUGCCGUGGCACUCUGGUUGAGAACCUGUGUCCUAGACCUAAAAUUCACUGAUUUUAUGUAUUUUUUAGUUUAACAUAAAGAUUAUUUUUACCAUUUCUAUAAAUAUUUCCAAAAUAAAUAUUUGUAUUGUCUCCUGAGUGGCUGAUUAUUUUUUCUCUAACUUCAAAUAUUAGCGUAUUUAGCUACCGAAAUUUCAGAACAUAUUAUAUUUUCUAUAACGAAAAAAAAGAACACGUCUUUAUUUAUGUCGUAAUAUCGUUUUAUUUUCGAUAGUUCUACCAUAACAAUUUUUAAUAAGUUAAUGGAAAAAACGAACAAAAAACUAAAAGUUUACUAACGUAUGUCUUUAAUGUAUUAAUUUAAAAACAAAAAUAAUAAACACGCUAUAGUUUACGACGCAGGUAACGUUCUUUUUUAUGUGUUACGCAAUUUUGGUUAUUCUGUAAUAAAUGUAAUCCCAGAAAAGUUGUUACAUAUAAAGGUAUAUUAUAAUAAUUUACCUAUUCUUAAAAAACCAUAUUAUUACUAUCGAAAAUGUAUUAUAUCGAUUAAAAUUAUCGAUAAAAAGUAUUAAGAAAAAACCGUGCAACUUCGUCCUUGGGUGGGCCACUGUUGUAAAUGAGAAGUUGGGAAAUUUAAUGUAUAUCUGCAAGCCGCGAUAAACCAUUGCUAACGAAAAAGCGAUUCUAAGCGGAGUUCAGUAGACAGUAUUGCUUUGUCCACAAUGUAUACGUUAUAUUCUGGUAAAUAAUUACAUAUCAUUAUACAUUUUCUUUAAUAAUAUUUGUUUAAUAUUGUACCUAUUUCCCGUUUUUUCAUAUUUUCCCAUGUUUUUCUUAUUUAUUUGGAAAAUCAAAAAAUUACCACGUUAAAGUGCCUCCUCAAUCAGAUUUAUUUUUUUGAAAAAGUGCUAUCAUAGUAAAUCAGAUCAAAAUUUAUGGUAGAAAUUUUGUUCAUAAAAAUAAAAAAAGCCUUUAAUAUUUUUUUAAACUAUUACCUACCUUCGUGUUCGUACAUUAUCCCGUUUCUUUGAUUUGUUGGGAAAAUUCCCUUCGAUACACUCAGAAUCCAAAAUUAAAUAAGGAUAUUUUCAGUCAUCACCGUAUUUGUAAUAAAAAAUAAUUAUAGACGUUUAAUCUCGAAAUUUGUUAUGAUUCGGGAUCUAUUAUAAGUAUAGUAUGUACCUAUGAAACAUACCAUUUUACGACUCGUACUGUUAUAAAAAUAAAAUAUCAGGACAUUGCACGAACACAGCUCCGGAUCAUAUUUCGUCCGUUAUUAUUACGUACUGCAGUGUUUGUUGGCUGGUCCAAACGAUGACAUUAACCACUCUCAUAAUAUUUGGCGUUGAAACUAUUAUCAUAUAAGCGGCUAUCAUACAGUGAUGAUAUGUAGUAGAAAAAAUGAUAAUGAAGUGAUGGAUUUCUAUACGUGAUAGCAUGGCAUUCAAUAAAGGUAGUAAGAAAAUAAUAAUAAUCAAACUUUAGAUUAUGAGUGGAGUGAGAAAUGUAUUGGUUUUACAAUGAUGUUAAUUUUUUUUCUGCAGUGAUUAAAUUUUUUACCAGCUCCAAUUUGCUCCAAUUUUCAAGUAUAGAACAAGGAUAUCUGACUGGGGUUUUACUUAAGCGUAGUAAUUUUUUGAUUUUACCACGGGUUUUCCUAAUAAAUGGAAAAAAUCUGGACAAAAUUUGGAAAAAUUGGGAAUAUGUACGAAAUGUAUUAUUUUAAAAUCAUAAAUAUAUUGGCCUUUCAAAACAUGUAUAACCGAACUCUGCUCAGAAUAGUUUUUCUUUAGAAAUGAUUAAUUUUUGCAUACAGAUAUACUCUAAAUUUCUUCUCUAGCUUCUCAACUUUUCACCUACAACAUCGGUGGCCUACCCAUGGUGCGAAAUAUGUCUGAUUGUUGUUUUUUUUUUUUUUACUAAAUACAGUGGAAACUUGGUAUCACGAAGUCUCAAGGGACCGAAAAAAAAAUUCGACAUAUCGAAACUUAAAGUUACCAAGGGAAUUACAUCUAAUACUGAAUGAUUGUGACCGAAAAAAAAAAUUUGACAUACAGAAACUUCGAGAUACUGAAGUUCCAGAUAGCGAGGUUCCACUGUAUUGCGUGUGAAUUGGCGUGACAAUUUCUAAAUUUACGUGACACCCAAACAAGUUUAAAAUUGAAAAUAACGUAGGAGAGCUGUAUAAACGUUUCUACAGCCCACUCAUCUAAAUAUUGAAUUUGAUGGAAGUUUUUCCUUUCAAUAAUUCCGAUGCAAUUAGUGUGAAUUUGUGUGACCUAUUUGGAGAACGUACACCUACAGCUCCCAAUUACAGACAAGCUCCUCCUUUUAAAUAGCACAUUUUGCUAGAAUAAUUUUUAGAAAUAUUGCGUUUUGGUAGAAGUUUAACUUUAUAAUUAUAAAACACAUUUUUAUAUAAAUAAUUAUAUUAUAAUAUUCAAAUAUGGGCAAAAUAAUUAGUUGUGGCAAAUUAUGUUGAUUUAGUUAAAUUGCUAUAAGUUAAAGUUAACAUAGAAAACAUUUAACUCGAUAAAUUUAAAGUUAAUAUAGUAAAAAAAUAGAUAAUUUAAUGCAUACCUAACCUGUAAGCAACAAUAAACCAUUGCUUACAAAAAAACAAUUUUGAGCGGAAUUUAGUUUAUAGUGAUGCUUUUUCAGCAAUAUGUAUGUCAUUUUAUAGUAAAAUAAUUAAAUAGGCUCUAUGUAUUUCUUUGAAUAAUAUUUGUUUAAUGUUGUACCGAUUUUCCCAGUUUUCCUACAAUUUUCCGGUUUUCCCAUGUUUUAUUCCGGGUUUUCAUAUUUACUAGGAAAACUUUUGAGAAAAUCAAAAAAUGACGUCUCUAAAACACCUCGCAAGUGAAAUUUCUUUUUAGAAAUAUUGAUAUCAUUAAAAGUUGCAGUAAAAUUAAUAGAAGAAAAGUUGUACACAGAAAAAAAUAAGACGGUAAUAUAUUUUAACUAAUACCUACAUUUCUUAUAUUUUCCCGUUUUUUUUUCGGUUUAUCAAAUUUGAUGAGAAAACUCUUGAGUAAUAUUUAAUAAAGUUCGUUAUAUUUACGAUUUUAAAAUAAUAAAUUUCGUAAAUUAUCUCAUUUUACCGCGGUUUUUUAAUGUUUUUUUUUAUAAAAAUCUCUAGAAAAAUUAAAUAUUGGCUUCCUACAGUACCACCAAGAUAAAAUUUAUUUUCAGAAAAGGUGCUACAUAUGAAUAUCGGAGAAAAAUGUCUGGUAGAAAAGAUGUUCACAGAAAAAAAACAAUAAUAUCAUUGUAAAACCAAUAAAUUCCUCGUUCCAUUCAGAAUCUAAAAUUAUACAUUUAUUUCGUAAUUAACAAUUUUGAAAAAUAUAUCUCAAAGAAUAAUCUUUAUGAAAAAUACAUUCUAUAAUAUUAUACUUAAAUAUUGACGACGAAAGUGAAACGCUUCGGGGCAAAACGCCAGAAAGUAAAAAUCUUUAAUAAAAAUAGUAGGAGGCCUGAGAAAUGGAACGAAUAUUGAAUUGUCCGUAAGCCAACAUACGGACAAUGAACAAAUAAUAAAUAAAAUACAAUCGAAUAUUAAUUAAUUAACAAAUUAACCUCAUCGAAUUAUCUGUAUAUUUGAGUAAAUAAAAUUUACAUACAACGUAACCUAACGUUUAGUUUAUAAUUGUUUCUCUUUUAUUCGUAUUUUAACUUUAUUAGUUAUUUGCACAGUUAUGUAUUUUAAUAACACAAUUCAAUAAUAUUAUAACUGUUGUAAAACUUUUAAUAUAUUGAAUAACUAUACGUUGAUUUCUAUAUAAAAAGUACCUAUACUGUAUACUGAUGAUAGUAAUUUCCUAAAUUAUAUUCAAAGUAGAAAGUACGAGUUAGACGGGCGUCGCCCAUUAUGCCGUAAAAACGAUUAAAAAAUACAUGGGGUACCAAAUUGUACACGGAUCAUUUUUAUUAUACACAAGACGUUUAUGGAAUUGUCCAAUGUUAUCGAUUUAUUUUAUAAUUUAAUACAAAAUACAUAAUAAAAUAUUAGUUCAGGUAUUGCACAGUACCUACAGGCGUCUUUUAUUCACGAAAUUAUUUUUUCUAGAUUUACAAAAUAUUCUAUAUUACAUUUUUAAAUAAUAACUGAUGGAAUCAAGGAAUAUUUUAUCUUGACAUUGGAGUCGAAUAUAAUUUUCAAUAUUUUUUAAAAUAAAUACAAUUUCACGAGUAUUGUUAGCUGAUUAAAAUACUUGUGUUAUAUACUGAUUUUACUGACAACCAUGUUUUUAAUGUAAACCAAUAUCAUUUUAAAAAGUUUAUUUACUACUAUUAUAAAGAAAAUACGGAAAUGAGUGUGUCAAUAUAGUAGGUGGGCAGUUAGAAAGGUAGGUUGUAUCAAGUUUUUGAACUAUAUCUGUAAACAACGAUAAAUUAUUGCUAAUGAAAAAUGAUUUUGAGCGAAGAUCAGUUAAACAUGUUUUGAAAUGUUAUGAUUUUAUGUAAUUUUAUGAUUUUCGUCAAAAUGAGAACUUAAAUGCUUCUCAAAAAACCUACUACAUUGCACUCAAACUUUUAUUUCCAUUAAGUACAACUUACGAGCAUAAUGAAUUUCGUAUUCAAUAUUCAAGCAUUUCUGUUAGGCUAAACAAUAUUAAUAUAAUAACUAUCAAAUGAAAACUAAAAAUACUUGAAAAUGUUAAAUACCUAUAAAUAGCCCAGAAAUUAAAUAAUGUUGAAGAAUUUUUGACUCAAGAAUGUUUAAAAAUGUUAUCACGUCUAGAAAUAAGGCAGAUAUAUAAGUAUGCAAAUUCUAGCUCUCUAAAAUUAUUUUAAACUGAUUUACAGCAAAAACCAAAUCGAAAAUAAUGCCGCAUACAUUUCCAUUUUUCCAGCUUUUUCUUAAUUAUUAAAAAAACUACAUAGAAAAUCAAUACAUCCUAAAACUCCAACUGGACAGCAGUUCCUUCAGAACUUUCCUUUCAGAAAAUGUGUUAUUAUUGAAAUUUGGACUAAGAAUUCUUGUAGAAAAAAUAAUCGUAAUAAUUCAAAAAAAAAUAAAUCUUUAACGUUGUAAAUUUGUCUUUAUUUCCAAGUAGUUUUAAACCACUUGGAAAAUUAAAAAGUUACUUAUCUAAUACCCCAACUAAAUUCAAAAUGCAACACAUUCUGUCAUUUUUUGAUUAGAGCAUUAUUUCUGGUAGAAAAGUUGUUAGUUGAAUCUACAAAUUAUGUUUGUAAUCUAUAAAAUGCAUUUUUAAUUCUGAAAAGAUGACGGCAUUAAUGUUUUUUUCACAUAAUAUUAACUUAUUUCAGAAAAUCACUUUAUCUCUCGAAAUGAAUAUAUGACGAGUUUGACUUUUCCUAUUUAAAUUAAUCUAAUAUUAGAUUUAUUUAAUUUUGUUUAGAAUUUUUAUUUUCAUUAUUAAAACGAAGAUAUUUUUUAUAUGACAUACUUAUGUCUUUUUUAGGUUUCAUCAUAUUAUAUUUAGUAUUUACUUACUUGUGUGAAGUUUGCAGAGUUUGUUGCUAUGGUUCUCAAGUUCCAUACCACAAACAUUUCUUCGUGUACGUUGUUUUUUUUUUAAAACAUUUCAUAUUAUAACAUACGACCCACCUACUUCCAGACUAUUUAAAAUCAAAUAUGAAUAUUGCUUUUUUUAUAUUUUAAAUAUUUUCUUGGCUAUAUAAUUCAGUUCUCAAACUAUUACGUCAUUUCGUUACUACUAAUAUUACACUAUACUAUGUUAUAACAUUUUCACUCUUUAUUGUAUUUCUUAGUUGUCGUUAUGAUUAUUAAUUUAUAGUUUAUAGCUAACUUGCAGACAUACCUACAAGCAAUUUAUUUUAAAUACAUUUUCCUAUAAUAUAUUAUAUUAUUACUAAAAAUUAUGUAAAAAUAAACUAAAAUUAUACUUCAAUUUCAUAUCACUAUUAGAAUAAUAAAACAAAAUUAGCUACCUGUAUUGUUACCGAUUUGCGAGAUUAUCUUCAAUUUUAGCGUUUACCACAAGCUUAGUUAGGUGAGCUAUUAGCUAGUGGAUAUCUAUAAACGUAUUUAUAGUUCUUGAAUGGGAACACUUACAAAAGUAUAGGAACAUUUAGUUAUUAUUUAGAUAAAUAUUUGGUGUCGAAAGGGCAAGGAAAAACUUAUUCAUACCCUUCCCUUCCCUUCCCACCAGACUUAAGCCCAAUUAGCAUAAAAUCCCAAGUUACGCUUAUGGCCUCUAUACAAAAUAAUAAAUUUCCAAUUUAAAUAAAAAUUAUUUUAUUCAAAAAGCCUUUUAUGAGGAUGAAAGUUGCAGGUCAAUUUCCAUAACAUAUACGUUUUUUUUAUUAAUACUUGUAAAUAAUAACACAACAAUAAACCAACAUUAUUGAUAUUAAUAAUACAAUUGAAAAUUUUAAUAGAUGUCGGAGUAUACAUAUCGCGCGUGGAAGAAGGAAGUAUAGCGGAGAGCGUUGGCCUUAAGCCGGGAGAUUCGAUUUUGGAAGUGAACGGCAGACCGUUUUCAAGUAUAUCGCACGAGGAAGCGUUAAAAGUAUUAUAAAUUUUUUUACAAUAUUAAUUAUGAUUCAAACUAUACUGUUUUUUGUUUCUUUUUUCUUACUAUUUCGCAGAUUUUUAAAUCAUACCGUCAGAUUACAAUGACGGUGAAAUGUCCAUCACCACCACAAUCUAUGCCAACCAUGCACAAAAAAGACGACGACGAGAAUACUAAUCAAGAUGAUUCGUGGAGGUUGACCAGGACGUACUCAUGGAUCAAUCGCAAGGGCCAACCGGUUUCUCCUCCAUUGGAAUAUGCCAAACCCAUUUCACCUUAUUCCAAAUGGUCCUAUACUCGUUCGUCUAAAGACAAAAUUCGAAAAGUAUGCGUAACAUACCUAAUAAUAAUAUUAAUAAUAAUAAUAAUUUUUUUAUGAGCGUAAAUUGUUUUUUUAUCUAAUAGAAAUAUUAUUAUUUAAGGUGGAAUUGUUGAUUGAACCGGGGCAAAGUCUCGGUUUGAUGAUACGAGGUGGAACCGAAUAUAAUCUGGGAAUAUUCAUCACCGGUAUUGAUAAAGAUUCCGUUGCCGACAGAUCUGGACUUAUGGUAAAAAAAUAAAAAAUAUUACAAUAUAUUAUUAUCGAUAUUCCAAAUGUAUAGGUUCUUUUUUUUAGAUUGGUGAUCAAAUUUUAGAAGUGAAUGGACAAUCGUUUCUAAAUUUGUCGCACGAUGAAGCGGUGAAUCAAUUGAAAUUCCAAAAACAAAUGACUCUUACCGUAAGAGACGUGGGAAAAGUACCGCAUUCAUGCACUACGUACAAUCCGGAAAGUUGGAACCAUUCUAUAGACAAGUAAGAUGAAUAUUUAUUAAAAUAUGUAUUGAAAUACCUAUUAUUAUUUAUAAUCGUAUAUAAUAUAUUAUAUUUUUAUAAUUUUUGUAGUUAAAAAAAAUAUAUUAUAUUAUAUUAUUAAUAUUUUUUUUUUUUUUUUAUGUAUCUUAAGUCAAACUUUAUAUCAUAUUAUAUUAUUAUCUUAAUAGUUCUAAUUUAUAUAGCUGUGAAUAGAUUUAUUAUGAGUUUUUUUACUAGAUAAAUUAUAAGUAUUAUUAUUAUUAUAAUUAGUUGACAACGGUUUUGUAAUAACAUUAUAUACUAUUGCAGUUAGCUUAUUCAUUUUAUCAAUAGAUUCCCAUAUUUCUAAACUCUAUAAUAUAAUAUUGUAUGUUAUUAGUUUGAAGUGAUUCUGUAUAGUUUGAUAAGUCUUCAUAAAAAAAAGAGUCAUUUAGCAUUUUGUAUAAAUGCAUUAUUCAUCCGAGGUUUAUAAAAAUAUAUAUCACAUCAAAAUAUAAAUAGAUAAAACAUAGCAUAUGAGUAUUAAGAUUUGAGUAUAGGGUGUUUCAAAAUAUAUAAUAUUGGUUACAAUUUAAAAUACUCUAUAUACGAUCAAUAAAUUUUAAGCUCUCUUCUGGAAAAAUAAAUCGAAACAAGUGAAAGUUGUGAAAUAGUGAAAUGUCUGUAUUGUAUUCAAUAAAAGUACAGGGGUGUUAUUUGAGGAAUUUACACUAUAAUUUGUCAUAUCUAUAUAGAUUUUCGUUUCCCUACUUGAUAAUUGUACAUAGUUUAAUAGUAAAUUAAAGUUAUGUAAAAAUGUAAUACAAUUUUGUCAGAUUGUAAGUGUAUUAAAUUAUUUUUAUAUUAUAAUCAAUGAAUUUAAAUAAUAAUAAUAGGAAUAAUAAGGAGGAAAAGUAGGCUACCAAUAAUGAACCUGAUGGCAUCCGUUUUCAACACAGUUUUAUUGACAUUCUCGUAUUAUCAUUUAUAGAUUUGGUAUAACCAAUAAAUUCCACAUUAUGCUUAGAAUAAAAAAUCAAAAAUUGCUUUGACCUCAAUAGAACCCCUAAAACAUAAAAAUAAUUUAAGUCAACACCAUCUAAGGAGGUGUUGACUUAACGAGUAAAAAUUUUAAUUACAUUUAAGCAAUUAAACAUGAUCUGUGAACAUAAUAUAAAUAUAUUAUAUUUAACUAUGUUUCAAAAUGAAAUAAACAAUUCGUUUUAGUAAAAUUAAUUAGAUGGUUUUAAUAAUAAACUAUGAUAUUUAAAAAAAAAAAUCUACCUUAUCUGUAUUAACCUAAAAAUGUAAUAUUUGUGAUUAUUAGAAUAAUUAAAAGAAAUAAUUAUACAUAUUACCUAUAAUACUAUUUUAAAAUAUCAAAUUCUAAAAUUUCUUAAAACUCAACAAAUUUUGAUCUUUCGCUUAAGAAAUAAUAAUAAUAAUAUUUCUUUCUUCUAUAUUACAUUUUCAUAAUUCCUCUUCGAAUCGAAAUUUGUUAUGAAUUCGAAAAUAAUUUAACCGAUCUAUUGAAAUAUUAUUAUAAGUGUAAGGAAAAUUAUAAAAAACAGCACAUCGAUAGACCACACUAUUAGAUAUAUAUAGUUUUAAUAUUUAUCGGAUAAUUAUAUAUAUCUAACAUGUCGGAUUAGUUAUAACUUAUAUUAAUAUGAAUAUAAUAUUAUGGUAAAAUGAAUAGAUUUUACUAAAACGUAAUAUACCUAGCUAUACUACUAACAUUACACCUGUCAUUUUUAUUUUUGAAUUUAAUAAUAUUAGUUCUAAUUUUUGUUUUCAAAAUAUCCGUUUAAAUUAAGGGAAUAGAACAAUAAUAUCACCGUAUAAUAUUCAUUAUAUUAUUUCUACACUAACCGUAGGUACACAUACUAUUAUGUUGUAUUAAGCACAAUAAGUGUAGGUGAAUAAAAACAAAAUCUAAACAUUUGAUUUAUACAUUAUUUAAAAUUUAUUUGGAAAACGUAUCUAUAGUAUAACUAACGUAACUAUAUAUAGAAUCUAACACUUAGUGAUAUUAAUUUUAGUGCUGACGGUGCUUUGAAGUUAGGUACAUCGGCUGCGUCUCAGAUGGUAGAGGAAAAAGCUCGAAUUUUGCUGACGAAAAACGAAUUUAAUACUUUGCGGUAUUAUUUGGACGAAUAUUCGUGUUCUCGAAUGUCUAUUGACGCGUUUAUAACUAUACUUUUCGAAUUGCUCAAUACAACUGAUAAGGUGAAUAAAGAGAAAUUAAAUGUUUUUAGAUUUUUAUGAAAAAAAAAAAAUACACAUUGGAAUAACUUAAAAAUUAUAAAGAUAUUAAAUUAUAGGAAAUUAAAAUGGAACAAUUUAAACACAUGCAAAUAGUAUUUAUAAUAUAGUUUCAAAUUAACUUUUUGUACCUACUUUGUAAUAUUUUUUUUUGGUGUUUGAAUUGGUCUUUUCUUGCACUGUUUCUCGUCCCUACCAAAGUGGUCACGAUCUUAUGUAGUAUCAAUAUAUUAAUGACGGUCUGAUGGUUUUUUAGUUUACGCUGUUGACGGAAUUGCGCGAACUAAUAGGUCCCUCGGAUCGAGACCGUUUUGAUCAAUUGGUGUAUAGAAGAGGACGGGAAUCCAGAAAAACGCACUCCCGAGUAAGAAUCAUGUCAUAAAUACUUUAUUAUACCAACCUACCUAGUAAUAAUAAUAUAUACUAUGACUCAGAGGAAACAAAAUAAAUGCCUAUAAUAUUUGCAUAUACCUAUUUGUGUAUAUUUCAGAAACUAGACAAUUUUAAUUCAAAUAUACCUGGAGGCCAGAGUAAAGGAUUCGAUUUUCCUAAUGAAAAUUCCGGGAUGGAUAUUGGGACUACCGAGUAUUCAAAUUCAAAUUAUAGGACUAGGUAUACUUAAUAUAUUACUAUUAUAUGUUAUGGCACAAAAAUACUACUCUCAAUAAUAGUAAAAACCUAAUUAUUAUAGAAUAUUUAUAUUUAUUUUAUACAAUAUAUUAUACAUCCCUAUAAUACCUAAAUUACCUAAUAUUAUUUAUUAAUGAAACAUUUAACCUUACCGUUUACAUGAAAACUCCGCGAAAAUAAUAAUAAUAUUAAAAAUUAUCAUAAUUUAAACACCGUAUAUUUACACUAGACGAUUUAUAAUUCGGAUAAUAAUAUUAGGUCAAGUGUUAAAAAGCCAUAAUAUUCCAUAGGGCGGUCUAUACUACUAUAGGUAGUUAAAUCAAAUAGUAUAAAAAUCAUAAUAUAUAAUACAAAAUAAAUUGUUAUGAAAUAGUUAUAUAAAUUUAUUUUAAUUAAAAUUGAUUCAAUUUUAAAAUAUUAUUCAAAAUUGUUUGAAUAUAAUGUAAAAAUGUAAUAUACCUUAUUUUUACGAUAAAAAAUAGCAACAAAAAUUUUAAAUUAGAGGCAAUUGUUUUUUUUUUUUAAAUUUAUAAGUAUUAUGACAUGUGGGUCAGGACCAUAUGAAUGUUCGUUGGAUAGUGAAAGAAAAUUUAUAUAUUUUUGUAUUUAUACAAUAAUUUACACUUUGAAAUUGUAAAUCAAGGUUAACUUCGAAACGCACAACAUUAAAUCUAGUGUAACACUGUUAUCUAUUAAUAAACUAUAAUUAAAUUUUAUGAAAUAUGCUGUUAUGACACUUCAAUUUCGAACACUUGACAUGGUAUAAUUUAUAUUUUAACAUCAUUACACAUUAUAAUUUGAUUUUUAUUUGAUAAAACCAAAUCUCAUAUAGUUUCAUCUAUUAACUGUAUUUAUUUAUUAUGUAUUUGUAUAAUAUAUUGUUUUUUGGUUAAUUCGUGGUAUAAUCAUAUCUUCAGUAGUGUGGAUUUUAUACAUUUUUAGAUUUAUUUACGUACUUAAAAAAACAUAAUAAUAAUAACAAUACAUCAUAAAUGUUUCACGGUAUCAACAUACAUACAUUCAUUGUAUAAUAUCGAACUCAUUUUAGAUUAUUUUUAUUUAGGUAAAUACGUUUCUAUCCUACAAAAUCAUUUCAUACACUUAUAUAUUAACUUGAAAUUUCUUGUAGAACUAUUAUGCUUAUAUGUUGUGCAAAAUAUACUUUGCCAAUCAUAUUAUUUCUAUAUUUAUAAGUGAAAUCGAUAUUUCGAUAAUUAAAAUGAAUUAAUUGUCAUGCCUUUUGAAUAGAUUUGCGUAUAUAAUAUUAUUUAUAUUAUAUAUUGUUACAGUCGUAAAAAUGAAUUAAACAAAAUUCUUCAGUAGUUAUUAAGUAUUAUCUAUACUGAUUUAUUUUGUAAUAAUUAGAUAAUAAAACAUAAUAAUACCCGAACUAUAUGGUUUAUUUUAGUGGCAAUAAAGGCAAGGAUUCUCCGAUGAAAACUAACGACCAGUCUCAGUCUCAUAGAGAUAUGGAAGUGGAAGAAUUCGAAUACAGCCAUCAAGUAAGUGAUACGAUUGCAUAUUUAUGUUGACUACUAUCAUUAUAGAUUCCUUUGAUCCUUAUAAUUCUUUAUUUAGGAUUACGGUGACUUGGAAACCGAGCUUUUACCACGAAAGUAUCAUAACGAUUUGAUUGAUGUUGGUUAUACUCAUCGAAAUUCAGGCCUUUAUGAUGAAUCUAAUAUGACUAGGUCAUCGGUAAAGUACAAUUAAUAAUCAUAAAGUUUAUUACCUAGUUAAUUAUUAGAAUCGUUCAAUCGAAUAAAAAUGUGUAAAACUACAUAUAUAUAUAUCUACUUAAUUAUCUGAGUUCUAUAUAUAGUCGCGAAAUAGUUUUUAUUUUUUUUAUUAUUAUUGUUAUUGAUCGAAUGAUGCUAUAAACCUCUAGAUUUUGAUAUUAAUAUUUUGCAGUUAGAAAGAACUAUAAUUUAAAAAAAAAAAUUAUUCUCUAUAGAUACUUAGUGUUCUUAAAUAGCAUUACACAGUAUAUCUGACAAAUUCUCAAACUAAAUUUCUGUGUUGAAUAUAAACAGCGUUAUUGUUCGUACAAAUAUUAGUUAGAUAGUAGAAAUAAAUUCUAAUGAGUACCUAAGUAUACACAGUUUAAUGAGUACUAAUAUGUAUAAGUAUCAAUACGUUUGACCUCUUCAAUCACGUGUUAUAUUCGGCUGGGUAAUGUAUGCUUAUGUUACUUUGUACGAGCUUGCAACAUGGAAAAAAGAAGCGCAAUACAAUUUUUAGUUUGAUUUCAAAAAUCGUUUGUAGAAACUUAUUCUUUAAUAUAGUUAGCAUUUCGCCAUGAGCUGUACUCGUACUGCUGCUGUUGUUUGAACAACCUCAUUUUACCUUUCGGACAAAAUUAGAAGAGCCUAACAUUGGUAAAGACGUGAUACGUACAUUUAUACAAGUAAAACCUAAUCACCUAAAGGUCUGUUCUUGUUUCGAUCUACGAUUCUUGACCGAAAAAUAAAAACAGACAUGUCUUUCUUACGCCCAAGACUUCGUUUAAAAUUCAGAUAACGAUCCGAGUAGCAGCAUGUCUUAUUUUUAAUUUCCAAUACUGAAGUUGAAGAUAAAAGGCCGCUUUUCGACGAUACCAAUAGAGCUUAUACGAAGCAGUUAAAAGCGAUUUUAGAAAAUUCAAAUUCCAGAGCGUUUGAAUUGCUUUUCUACGCCAUAACUUGUGUAAUUAAGAGUUCUAUGUAGAGGGUUGAUUCAUUAUCUCUAAAUCUGUGUUUAUUUAAUUUGGUUCCGGAAUUUUUCAGACAUACUGUGUAUUAUUAUAAUAUUCAAUAUUUAGUUAAAUCAAGAAAAAGUAUCAUCUUUAUAUCUUUAGACAUAUAGUUGUCAUAAGUAUAAUUUUUAAUUUUGUGCCUUUUAUAAUAAAUGCAGUAGGUAUGCGUAUUAUAUGAUUUUUACAAAAUAUCUCUACGCAUAAAUCGUUCAUCAUAAAAUAAAAAUAUCUAUUAAAAACUUUCGAAUAUUUCAAGUCACGUAAUUAUUUGAUAGCAAAGAAUUAUGCCAAUCCUAUAAAUGAAAAAUCAAAAUCGUUAUGUAUGUUAAAAUAGGUAUCUGAUUGGUUAAAAUAUACCAAAUGUGUCAUUAUUGUGGUUUCGUGAACAUAGUUGGGUAUUUUUUUUAUUGAAUCUCCCAUAUUAUAAUAUCAAAUAUGAAUUAUUAUCAAUAUUUGAAAUCAUAAUUACUUCAAUUAAUGAAAAGGCAUGUUUGUAUUUGCAUUUUAGAAAUAGAGUAUACUAAUAUAUUGAUAUCCAAAACCUAAAAGACACACUGCGUGUAGGUUUGACCAAUGUGCUUUUAUAUUUGUAUAUACGUAGUGAAAAAUUAACAUACAUUUUAUACAAUAUCCUAAGUUGCAUAUAUUUUUGAUACUCUUAUUAUAUUAGUACCAAGUACCCUAAAAUCGUCAAAUCAAAAAAGUAAUACCAAAAAUUAAGAAAAAUUAUGUAAUAUUAUUCCGAUUCCCAAACAAAUUCGAUGGCCGAGUAACUUCGUAUAAUUUAUAACUGGACAUCCAGACAACUCUUUACUUAAGUAUAUUUCCAAUAAAAAGGUAGGAUGCAUCAAGUUAUUUAAUUUAUAAAACCAACGACAAACCAUUGCUGACAAAAAAACGAUUCUGAGCAGGAUUUCGUUAAACAUGUUUUGAAAUUCUGAAGCUUUUAAAAUUCUCAUUAAAAUUUGAUUUUAAAACACUUGUAAAAAAAAACUAGUACACUACGCUCGAUUUUUUUGACCGCCAAUUCAGGGCGUCAGUUGUUUCCGCUAAAAAACUUGAUUUUCAUUUCCGCCAAAUCUAUUUAAACUUACUACUACUCUGUAAAGUCAGUAUUUUUAGGGACCAAACCGGACUGUCAAUUUUAACAAAGGCCUGAAAUAAGAUCGAAUCAAUUGUUAAAUUUUUUUUGUCUAUCUAUAUGUACAAACUACUUUCAUAUUUUUUUUAAGUAUAGAUUGUAAACAGGACACCAUGGAAACAAAACUGUUUCUUUUUUAUUGAAACAAAAAAAAAAAAAACGUUCUAUGAAAAGCAUAAUUUCUCAGAUUUGGUCAUCAGAGAAAAAUACAGAAUCUAUGAGAGAUUUUAGAUUAUUUUAGAUUCGAUUUGAGUAUAGUACAUAAAUGUGUAUUGUAACGUAAUGUAAAUCUGUGUAACGGCUAAUAUCAAAAACUAUUGGAUUAAUAUUUUCGUGGAUUUUUGCAAAAUGAUCCGCGUUGUACAGGGAAAGUUAAUAGCUGUUGAAAUCCAUCCCCUAAAAUUCGGUUAUUGGGUAUUAUUAAAUCAAUUAUUUUUAUGGAUUACCUUAGUAACAAGGAUGAAAUGAAAAAAAAUUUAAAAGUUUGAUUAAAACGUAUCUAUGGUAACUAAUAUAAAUACAAAUAAUUAUAAAAAUCUAUGUGCCAUAUUAUGCAAAACAAUUUGUUUGUUAUAAACUGUCUUUACGUAAUUAUUUAAUAAAAAAUUUUAAUUUUUGAAAUAAAUAAUACGUAAAUCAUAAAUAAUAAAUAAUUCUAACGCUGUUACUCGCGCGUAAAAGGAUUCACUCACGCGAUUCGACUACAUAGUCGAAAAAAUACCAGUUUUUCUGCCAAUUUUUCACUUAUAUCCUUUCCAAUUGCUAUUUUCCUGACAAAAUGCCCAAAAAGAAAUCCAAUAUUAGCCGCUCAACAUGAGGGGCAAAAAGAUUAGCGAAUAGGGAUCGAUGAUUAGCUAUAAUACGGUACACGCGCGCGUUUCCUCGUUGCCGAGCGUUCCCACUUCCUGAUAGUUUAAUAAAGACUUCACUUCUUUUGAAAUCCAUAAAUUCCCCUCGCCCCCCCCCCACAAAAAAAAAACUAAAUUCGGGGUUUCGAUAUUUUUCGUAUGAAAAUCAUGAACAAAUAUCAUAACAGAACACGUUUAAGUCCGCCAAAUGUGGACUACCCACUUUCCACCUAUUUGUUUUUAUUCAUUACUGACACAGUCAAAACCAAAUAGGAAUAUGGGUAAAAAAAAUGAAAUUUGCACGGGCAACGCCGGGCGAGACAGUUGGUAUUAUAAUACUAUUCAUUGUCUCCCUACUUUUAUACUAGCUCAUGUUUUAUACGAAAACGCUAUACCUACUUGUGUAAUAUAUCAUUCAAACUCGUAAGUGGCCCGCUUGGCACUUAUCAAAAAUAUUUUUCGGAUUGAAGUAUAGAAUAAUAAUAUUGAUCUAAAACCUAGAUAUUUAUUAGAUGCGUAUUUGUUUAUAUAUUACUAAUUAAUUACAUACUUAUUGUAGGUAUAGACCAGGGAUCUUCAACCCACGGCCCUCCUUGUCAUUAUUUGUAGCCCCCGAUUAUAUUUAAAAUAUAGCAUAUCUUUUCUAUUUCGAUAAAAUUAGAACGGCCAUAGGCCAUUACUAUCGAAAGAAUUGGAAAACAAGCGAUAAGAUAAAUUAAGUUACCUACUUUUUUUGAUAGUACUUACACUUGUGAUCAUAUAUUUUCACGAAUGAAAAUGGUCAAGUCGAAAACUAGAGCUCGGAUAACUGACAAGCACUUAGAAAACUCGCUGAUAAUUACAUCGUCUCAGAUUCAAUCAAAUAUAGAAAAUUUAGUUAGUGAAAAAUAAUGUCAGUUAUCAGUUGUCACAAUAAAUAUAAAAUAAAUAAUUUGUAAUUCAAAAUUGAAUUAUGUUAAUCUACAACAUAUGUUUUAAUAAUAAUAAAAUUUAAUUUUUGUAUAAAAUAUACUUGUUUACUACAAAUGCGGCCCGCAAGAUGUAUAGAAAAUAAUAUAUAGCCCGCUAUAUAAAAAGGUUGAAGACCCUUGGUAUAGACGAUUAGUAAGAAGUUAUUUGAAAAAAAUAUAAAUAUAAGUAAUCGUAGGUAUGUUUGUUAUUAGAAAAUGUUUGCAAUUAAAUAAAUAUUAUAUAGGGAUUAAUUAUAUAGAUUUAUAUUUUUUAACGCUGAAAAGUUAUAGUACGCAUUUAGAUAAUAUGAAAAAAAAAAAAUUAUAAUUAUGUUAUGUAGAAAGUAAUUUUCAUGUUAUUAUAACGUUUAUGUUCAUAUAAUAUACAGUGAAACCUCCCUAAACGGACACCUCCAAAUAGCGGACAUUUUUUUCGGGAACAGGGAUAUUUUUACUAUUUAUGCGUAGGAAAAUCUCUAAAUAACGGAUACUUUUUAACAUUGAUAUUAAUAAUUUUUAUCGUAGAUUAAGAAUAAUUGUAGAAUGCCUAAAUAAAAGUCUACACUAUUAAAUUAUUUUUGAGUUAUUUUUUAUUACUAUGUAUGUACAUUAUAUACUGUAUAUGUAUGUCUUAUAUUAUCCGUCCAGUAGUUGAAAUAUUGUCACGUCGAUGAAAUGUUGUAACUUUAUAAGAUGUAUCUAAUUAAUGUAAAAAUAAAUUAAAAUAAAAUUUAUUCAAUUUAAUAAAAAUACAAUUCCUCCCUCUAAAUAGCGGACACAAUUCCAGAGAUCGACAGUCUCCGGUAUUUAAAGGUUUCACUGUAUUGUUAUAUAUUACUCACUCGAUUUUUGCUAAUUAGAAAAAACAACGUUGCACAUUCAAACUUAAACAUUAUAAAUUAUUUUUCAUUAAGGGGGACCGGUGCCGGUUUUUUAAAUUUUCUCCAAUUUUGAAAAAUUUUAAAAUUACUAACUUAAAGAUAAGUCUUUCCAAUUGAUCUUGUACUCGAUACCUAUUUAGGAAAAAGGGGUGAUGCCGUUUUUACUGACGAAAAUGAUUUCACGGAAAUAGUGAUAACUCAUUGUCAUUAACAUUUUUUUCAAUGGUGCACAACAGCAUUCUACAGGCCGAAUUGAAUUCUGACUUUUCAAUUCAGAUUUCAAAUACUGAGAAAAAAAUUGGUAAAAUAAGCUUAAAAUUUAUUUUUUUUUAAAGACUCAUAAUAAAUGUUGAAAAUAAAAUAUUCAAAAACGGAGUUAAUGUGGUCUGUAGAAUGGUUCCCUCUUCUAACUAAAAAACAAAACAAAAUUAUAUUUGGUUGUUUCUACUGAACAAUAUCACUAUUUCCGUAGAGUAUAUUUUUGUGGACGAAACGACAUUGGCACCAGGUGCCUUAAACCCUAAGAUUAGCGUGUACAACCUAAAUAAAAUAAAACUCAAUAAAUUAGUAGGUACCUGCCUGCACCAUAUAAGUUUAAUAGUAGGUUUAAAAACACGGUUAAUUUAUUUACAUAUAAAUGUAAUAAAAAAAAAAAAAAAAUGAUUUGCUAUAGAAAAUUUAAAUUACAAACACUACAUAUAUAUAUUUUUGAAAAAAACCCACGGAGUUUUUAACGCUUAGUACAGAAUACAGACGUACGCAAGGGAGAAGUUGAUUUCCUAUAAUACAAUUAAUGUUAUUUUAGUUUAUUUGUUUGGUUUUAGUCAUAAUUUACUUAUUCUUGAAAACAAAUAAUUACAUUGAAAAAAUCAUAUAUUUUCGAUAAAUUAAAUCCGUUUUGGUAUGUAAGUACUACGUAUACGAUUAUUUUCAUGUCAUAAAAUAUAUUUUUUAGAUUUAGUUGUAUGUGUAUAUGUUACGGAUAAUUUGAUCCUAACCGGGCAAUUUGAACCACGAAUAUAAACAAGUUAAUUCAACGAUCUAAAUCGUUAAUAAUUUUUUUUUGCAAUAUUUUUUAUUUAAUUUAUUAUUAAUUUUUCUUCUUUUCCUUCACCUUCAUCCCACAUCACAAUGCGCACCAUUUCCCGUAACAUAUUCAUCAAUUGUAUUUGGUAUUAUGUAAACAUAACAAAUGAUAAAUAAUUUAACUUAUUGAUUAAAAUGAAAUUAAUAAAAUAAAAUUAUCGUAUAUAAAUUCAAAUCAUAAGCGUACUAUAUACGAUUCACGCUAAGAAAUACAACUAAAUAUUUCAGUUGGAUGACCUAGUAUUGAAAUAGAAUUUUCAGGGAACGAUAGGAGUACCCAAAUACGCAUUUUUAGACAAAUUUCAAAUUUUUAACUCUUUUAGUACUCGCGUGUGCAAUACAACUUACUUUUUUUUAAAUAGCAAUACCAUUUUUUUUCAACAGGUUUGAAUAGAGUAUUUUGUUUUAAACAAUUUUUGUAAAAAAAGUUUUUUUUGCAAUUACAAAAUUGGCAAAGUUAUCGUAUGUUGAAAUUUAAUAUUUACGAAUAAUCUGUAAUUCACGAAAUUUUAACUAUGUUCAACUAUACUAGAAUAUCGAAAUGAUGAUAUCUCCGAUAUUGUGAAAUACUUACAGUUUUUAGAUAGAUGAGACACAAAUAAACACUUCAGUUCUUUUUAUGGGGGCAUUUAAAAAUUAUUGUAUACAUGGAUCUUCCUAAUAAUAUCCAAGUUUUAAAAAUCAAAUUACGAGUAGCAUAUAAUAAUUUGAAAGAAGACCAAAUAAAUGCUGCCACAUCAAGAGAAUUUUUAAGCCGUUUGGAAUAAUUUUUGGAACACUGAGGCCGAAACUUUGAACAGUUUAUUUGAUAAAACUAUAGUUACAAAUAUAUAAAUCUUAAUUUCAAAUUCAUGGCAUGUAAUUUUUUAUAAUAUUCAUUAUCUUUAAUUUAUUUUGAAAGAAUAAAUGAAAAAAAUAAGACUAAAACGAAAACAAAAAAUGUUAAUUAGUGUCUUAUAUCUAUCUACAAACAGGUAUUUCAAGAUAUUGAAAAUAUCAUUUCGAUUUUCGUGUAUAAGUUGAACAUGGUUAAAAUGUUAUCAAUAGCAGAUUAUCCGCAUAGCAGAAUAUUAAAUUUCAAUAUAUUUUAACGUCGCCGAUUUUUUAAUUGCAAAAAACACUUUUAUACAAAAAUUAUUUUUAAAAAAAUACUCUAUCCAAAUCUAUAAAAGAAAAAGUGGUAUUGGCAUUAAAAAAAAAAGUAAGUUGUAUUGCGCACACGCGAACCAAAACAGUUAAAAAUUUGAAAUUUAUCUAAAAAUGUGUAUUUGGGUACUCCCUAUCAUUGCCGAAAAUUAAUUUCAAUACUAGGUCAUUCAACUGAAAUAUUUACUGGUACCUCUUAGCGUGAACAUACUGUAUAAUGUAUAUAUUUUUUUUAACGAUCGGUUUUUUUCGAUUAGUUUCGAUUUGUUUUAAGUAAAUGUUCGCACAUCAUCGAUUAUCCAUAAUGAAAACAAAAAAGUUCAUGUACGUUGUAUUAUAAUAAUACAUGCAUACAUUUUGAUAUUUUUAAGUUUAUUUUAAAUAAUUCGUCAUAGUCUGUCACUAUUUGUAUUCGUAACAGUACUGUAUGGUUAAUGUAUUUUUAUUUUUAAGCAUAAUUUCAAGUAUAUUAUUUAAAAUUUAGUUACCUACGUCUCGUAUAAAUAGUGUAGCCGAUAUUGGCGAUAAAAUAAUCGGCCGUGUAGCCGUUUUAACAUCUUACACACAUACACUCUCGUUUGUUUUCUCUCUAUUUGCGAGGUCAAUUAUUUCUGCAAGAAUUUCCGUUGUCGUUUUUCCUUAUUUAUGUUAUGUAUAUUGCAUAUACAAUCCUCGUUACUUAUUAUACAGAACGUCCUUCAACCCGAACAUAAUAAAUUAUUCGUGUUUUUAUCAAGUCAUAAAUUUACACUAAUAAUAAGUAAUACUAUUAUCAUGUAUUAUACGCGUGUAUAGAAGUGCACUUGUUUUAAUGAUAUCCCGACUUUCUCAUGGAUUUAUUAUUACUUAUUACAUUAAGAAGACGUUAUACCUGCAUCUACUGAUUCAGCCCAACUACUGGGUAACAUGCGAAAAUAAUGCUUGCGCAGAAUAGGUACAACUACCUUAAUUUUGAUUUUAGAGUAAAAGUACCUAUUGUGAAAUUUAUAGAGAACAAUAUUUUGGAAGGAAUUUCAUAGGUGUUUUUUUGGAUUAUGAACUAUUAAAAAAGUUACAGUUAUUUAAAAAACAAAAAAAAAUAGUUUUUGUAUUUUUUAUAUCGAGCUGUGUAUUUUAAAUAAUACAAAAACCAUGGCAUUCCCUCCAAAACAAUGUUCUCUAUACAUUUCAUAAUAGAACUUUUAAUCUAAAAUCAAAAUUAAGCUAGUUUUAUUUGUUUUACAUAAGUAUUGUUUUUGCAUGUUACCCGGUAGUUGGACUGAGGCAGUAGAUGCGUGUAUAACGUAGUCCUCUUAAAAACUGUGGAUAUUGUUAAUAAAAUAAUAAUUCCUUUGCGUAAUAUUAUUAUUUGUCUACUUAUUUUAAUCGUGAAUCAAUGAUAAUAUUUUAUUUCGUUUAAUAUUUAAUACAAUAUAUUUAUACAAAAUACCUACUCGUGGAUAUAUUGUAAUAUUAUACAAUUAUACUUACCUGUUUUUAAUCGAAAAUUCUACGGUUUCGUCACGAUUUACACUACGAUUGAAGAAAAACAUUGGUCUUGAGUAGCGCGUCCAUUUUAAAUUUAUUACUGUUCAAAUUCACUAUUGAUAUCAGUAAUAAGCACUAGCGCAUUUGAAAUUUUGUGAUGGGUCUUGAAAUACACUUAUUCCGUAAAAAUAAAAAAAAAUAUAUAUAUACAUUUAUUUUGGGUAAAAUGUAUAAUUUUAUUCCUAUAGGUAUUUUUAUUUUUUUUUUUACACAAAUAACGUUGCUGAUGGUUUCAGAGUGGAUACUUGGAGGGACUGCGAUCCCACUUAGGGGGAUGGACCCAAAAAUUGAAAUCCUGGUACUAUGGAAGUUCUCUAGUAAGUUUCAGUUGAUGUUUCAGUUCCAUUUAGUUUUUGUUAUGUGAACAAAGUAGUUAGAUAUAUAUAUAUAAUAUGUUAUAAAUGUUUUCUUUAGUUUUGGAACACCGUCUUCUAUAUUUUUUUCAUCAAAUAACUAGAAUUUUACCUUAUAUAAUAAUAUUAUCUUGUUUACUGCUCUGUGUUCAUAUUUAUAUUUUUUUAUUUAGUUGAUCUAUAUAUAUAUAUAUAUUUAUAUUAUAUAUGUAUAUAUCUCAUUUUAGAGCUUCUAACGAACAGUAGUUUCAAUUUUUAUACUCCUUUUCCUAAAUGUAUAACAAAUUUUCUGUGUAAUUAACCCUCGAAUUGAAAAUCUGGCAUGUGUAAUCCUUUAGUGUUUCAGCUACUUAAGACCAUGAUCCGAAAUAUUAUAACAAUUAUAUAUUGGUAAAAAUCAAGUUAGCAGUUUGUAAAUACUUAAUGUAAGUGCACUUCAAAAUUAAACAUAUUCAACGGCUUCUUUUAUUAAUUGUUCAUACUCACACAUUAAUAUAUGUAUAAUAUUAAAAUCACGAAUUUAAUGUUUUUCUUAAUCGUAUUAUAUUACAGGCAAAUUUUGUAAUAUUUUUAACAUGGUUUUUCUUUAUUUCACAUAAUAAUAAUAAUAAUAUUGUAUAUGACGUUAAUGAUCAAUAUUUUGGUUUUUCUUUCAAAUAUUUUAUAAUAGCAGGGUCAAUGAAGUAAGUAUAAGUUUGUUUUUGGAAUAACCUAUAUGUAGGUACACAGGUCAGAGUAUAACCGACACCUUAAACACCUACCUAUAAUAUAUUCAUCCAAUAUAAUAUAAAUUGCCCUAAAUAUUUUAAAUUAUGUACAGUAUGUCGUUUAAAAAUCUAAAAUUUAAAUUUUUAACGAAAAUGUUGUUAUACGAUAUUAUAUUUACAUAGCAUUUACAUAUUUUACAAAUAUAAUCAAAAAUAUCGUUUCCCUCACAUUUAGGUAUUUUAAUAGUUUUUGACAAUACAGUAAACAUAUUUCAUAACAUUUAUAAUUUAUGACAAUAAAUAAUUUAAAAACCGAAAUCAAAAACUCAGUAAAAAAAAUAAAAUUCUUCGUAAAUAUUAAAAUUUAUUUAUACUACUUUGUACACAAAUUGUUGACGGUAAUACAUCCGUUUUGCUGCAGGCAGUCUAAAAUAUCACCGCAGUAUAAUUUUAUUUUAGUAUUGUUUAUUUGUUCUUCAUAUUUUGCUUGGUAAACUCUCAUCAUAAUAUAUUUUAUUAUACCUAGUUUAAUAAAAAUAUAGUGUUUAGUGUUUACAAUAUACGCAUAUUAUUAUCACCUACAUACCUAAGCAUGAGUAGUGUCAUUGUUGUCAAAUAUUGGUAUAUGACCUAACAUCAUCACAAUAGUAUUAUAAUUAUACUUGUAGUUUCAUUGUUUUAUCAUUAUUAUUAUUAUUACUUUUUUUUUAUUCGAAUAUUAUUCAGUGCCGUACUAACAAGUGGUGAAGCAGCCCGUGUCCUGAUUUUUUUUUUUUAUAAGUGGCCUUUUUUUCUUUUUAUUUUUUUUGGUACACAAUUAUAUACUAUAAUAUUUCAUAAAUAUACUUUGUGUACGUGUAUAAUAUGAAAAACCGUGAGAUGCAACGUGAAUCCACUUUAAACUUACACACACCUUGCACACCGAAGGCCGGUGCUAAAUCCGAUGUACAAUUUAUACAUUUUUCAGUACAUAUUAUACCAACUUACUCGUUUGAAGUACUCAUCUAAAACAAUAGCUUUCGUCGUUCUAUAAAUAAUUAUUAUUAAACAGUAAAAAUAGAUUGUAGUUUGUAUAAUUAUUAAUUCGAUCAAUUUACUGCAGUAUUAAGUAUCAGUGGCAAAACAGCCACCGUUAAGUAGUUUAUAUAUUUUUCAUAGUUAUUAAAUUCGUAUUAUUCAUUGAGAGUGGUGGAAUUAUAUUUGAUAUAAUAAUAAUAAUCGAAAUUCAAAUCUUUUGAGCUGAUAUAUAAAUUUGUUUAAUUUUUUUUUAAUAAAAUAAUUGAUGCGUUUUAUGCAUAGGUAUCUUUUGACAGACAUUCGGCGUUCCUUGGAAGUUGUAUUCAUUCCCCUAUUCACAAUAUUAUUAGUAUUUGAAAUAGCGAAUCAUUUUAAAUAUGUUUAUUCUUUUUCACACAUACCUCCGGAUAAGAAACGUUUUAUUAUACUUGACACAUCACAUAAUUAUCUAUUUAAAUUUUACAAUAUUACAUCAAAUAUGAUUGUUUGAUGUUAAAUUUGGACUAUGUAUCUAACCGAAAUAGAUACUAACCGUUAAACGAAUUUUUUUCUACAACACUUUCAUUUAAUUAUAUCACAUCCCACUCCAUUAAGAUGCCGUAAGAUAAUAUAAGUAAAUAUAUGUUUUAUAAUAAGUUAUGGAGAUUUAAAUUAUGCAAUUCAAAACUAAAUACAAUAAAUGUGAUGUGUAUAUAAUUUAUAUAGUAUAUAGAUACUUAAUGAUACUAUGCAAAAUUAAUAAAAACGAUGUAUACUAGAACCAAAUUAUAUAAUCAUACAGACGUAAAGUUGAUGGUUUAGCAUUUACAUUUAUCAUACAAAAUAAUUAUGAUUAAUAAUUAAACUAACAACUAUUUUUUGUAAUUUUAAAGCAAUUAUCGAACAAACACGGGAGGUCGUACGACGGCAAAAAUGAACUUCUGGACGAAGAUGGAAAUUAUCGAAGAGAGAGCGGUUUUAUAGAGUCUUCAUCUUCUAAUCUGCAAAACGAUUCUCAGGUAAAAAUCAUAAUAUUGCAUUAUUCCAUUUAAGUUUAGAAGAACAGUGGAGUGAAGUGUGUAUAACUAAUUUUCCGUGUGAUAAUAAUACGAAUUGCGAAAUUCAUCAGUGGCGGUUCGUGGUGUUAAAAAUAGCAGGAGAGAUUACUAAUAACUGUAAUAAUAAUAAUUUAGAAACAAUUUUUUAUCUCAAAAUUUAAAGCGCUUACAAAUUUUACAUUUUAAAAAUCAUAUCUAACAACAAUUAUAACAUAAACAAAAUGAGAAAUGGCUUUGGGUUAAUUAUAAAAUGUAUAUUUUAGUAGCACGAAAUACACAAAAAUUACCGGUGCCGGCCCGAUAGAUUUCGGGACCCAGUGCAAAAUUUUGUAGUGUAUAUUAUCUACACUAUAUAAAUUAUAUAUACAGUGUAUAUAAUACACCAUAUAUUUAUAUAUUUUAUUUUCUAACGGACUUAAUUUAUUAGAUUGUGAAUGGAGCGAGUAAUGUAUUACAAAAAAAAGGCUACCCUAUAUUAUAACCUUGCUAAAUAUUUAGACUUUCUCAUAAAAAAAAACUAAUAAUACUUCUAUAAAAAAAAACACUUUUUAUUUAGUUGAAAAAACUAAUAAAAUUAAUUUUGAGCCAGGUUGCAAAAUGAUUUUUCUUGACGUCAAAAUAUUUUCAUACAUUCAUUGCUAAACACAAAACAGUACAUUUAAAAAAAAAAAAACUUACCUGUGGUCAUAAAUUCAAUGGAAACGAAGAACAAGAAAUUAUUCAUUCAAUAAAUGUAAUUAUUAAUCAAAAAUAAAUCCAAUAUAAUAAUAAAUUAUGUUCGAAAAAAAAAGAGUUAGUUGUGGGUGGACCUUUAAGUGCUCUUUUAUCUGAAAUUUGCAUACAGAAUUAUGAAAACAAUAAUGUUAUUAACAACAAAAUAUAAAGUCCAUACAUAAAAGCAUAUUGUAGAUAUGUUGAUGACAUGUUCAUUUUAUUUAGAGGUACAAAUAGACAAGCAGGGAAUUUUAAACAAAACAAAUAAAAACAUUCAAUUUACAUUUGAAAUACAAGUAAAUGAUAAAUUACAUUUCUUAGAUCUUACAGUUUCCAUAAUAAACAAUAAAUUUGAAUACAGUAUUUACAGGGAGCCUACACAAACUGAUUCUAUAAUACUACACGAUUCUAAUCACCCUUAUUCUAAACAAAUAUCAUUUUUUAAUUCAUUAUUCUAUAGGCUUGGACGUAUUCCACUAAAUAAAUAUAAUUAUCAACACGAGCUCAAUAUUAUCUAUAAUAUAGCCCAUAGUAAUAAUUUUAAUUUAAAUACUAUUAAAAAUCCAUAAACGUAUUAAAGAAAAAAUAAAACAUAACUCACCAAAUAAUGCCGUUAACUAUUGUAGUAUGAAAUAUCAAAAUAAUUUGUCUAAUAAAUUCACUAAGCAUACGUAAUGACUUCCAUAACCACCAAAUGAUCUAUAUUGGCGGAUCAAAAUCUAAUGUAAAAUUCAGGAUUAGCUAUAAUUUCAGAUUAAAAUGAACUAUUCAAAUUUUCCUUAUUUGAAUAUAACUCUAUAUUCACCAUCGAAACCCUUGUUAUUCUGACAGCGCUUGAAUUAAUUAAACGGCAUAGGAUAAACCCAGUAAUCUUUAAUAGCCAGUGAUUCCCUCUAUCUGUGCUAUACAAAACCACGGGUCAACAAACAAAAUUAUAAACAUAUCCGAGAAUGAGCCACUUCCAUAUCCCCUCCAUAACCCCUAAUAAUAUAAGGUUUGAUGUUAGUAAUAGAGACUAGAAAUAUUAAAUACUCAAAAUAACAUUUACAUUAAUUAAGUUUUAUAACAAUUACACAUACACAAUGAAAAAAAGAAAAAUAAUUUGAAAAGUAUUGUAAUUGUACAAACCGAUUUUAAAAAUAAUAUCUUAUAUCAAUACAUUUCAGAUAAUAAAUAAUAAUCAAAUAAUUUAUAUUUCUUAACAUGUCAAUAUUAAACGACCAAUUUGUAUAAUUUUUUUCUAUGUAUUCUUUCAUUUAAAUUUAGAUCUGAGCGUAGCGAAGGAGCUAUUGGUUUUACAAUGCCGAUAUUUCUUUUUUUCUUUGUUCUUUCUUCUAGUCUGUAGACACGUUUUUUCUAGUAAACUUGCUUCUAUUUUUACGUGUAGCAACUUUUCUGAAAGCUCAAGUCGUCUUAUUGGUACUUCAAACGGGUCAUUUUUUUGAUUUCCGAUGACGUUUUUUAAAUAAAAGCAUUAAAGUGGGAAAAAACGUAGGAAAUCGUACAAUUUCACGAUUUCACUGUUUUAUAAAAACACAGACGACCUUUUCUACCAGAAAUAAUGAUUUGAUCGAAAAAAUACUAGAUAACUUUUUUAAUUUUUUUUUUUUUAUUUACUUUCUUACAGUGUUACUGCCAAAAAUUUUGAGCCACUUUUGAGCUUUUGAGGAAUUUUAAUUUUUAGGAGUUUUACAUACAAGUAGAGACUUGAAACUUGGUAAUAAUACUUAUAUUGGACUUACUAGAUGUGAUAAAAUUUCCAAAAUCAUCUGACGAUUUUCACUUUUUUUAAUUUUUUUCAAUGAUAUUUUAUUAUUUUAUUUUUUUUUUUAUACUUUAGACCACUUUUAUCCUAGAAAACUUGCUCCAAUAUAUAAGUGUGGCACCUUUUCUGAGAGCUAAUUUUAUCUACUUGGUAAAUAUACGGGGAAUUUUUUUGAUUUUUUUAAACGGUAUUUAAAAUAUAAACGAUUAAUCGGAGGAUAAAAAUCGAUUUUUUCACGAUUUCGUUGUUUUAAAUAAGUACCUACCACGUUUUCAAGCACAAAUAUAGCUCCAAUUGAAAAACGACAAGAAACCAUAUUUUUGUUGAAUUUUUUUUAAUAAGCGUUUUGAAAUCAAAUUUAAACGAAAAUCGCAAAAAUAUGACGGCACUUCAAAUUAUGUAUUACCGAACUGCGCUCGGAAUCGUCUUUCGUCAGCAAUGGUUUAUGGUUGCUUACAGGUAUAAAUUAAAUAACUUUAUGCAUUUCCACCUACAACAGUGGCCACACCCGUCCCAAGUAUCAGCUCUUUUUCAUAUUCAGUCUCAUUUACAUUUUGACUGUGAUAUACCUGAUGAUGAAUUUUUAAUUCAAAACCGGUCGUAUAAUACACUUAUCAUAAUACUCCACGCAUUUAUUUAUUUGUACAUACAAAGUUAUCUCGGGUGUGACAUAAUUAUUUUCAAUUUCCAUGGAUAAAAAAGUAGAUAUUCAAGAUUAAAAAGUGACUUAUUUUUAAAACUAAAAUCCGCAUAGACUUUUAUAACAGCCUAUUUUAGGAUCUAUAAACGGUUUAUUAAAUACAUAUUUUAUAUAUUUCCAUAUAAACUUUCACGUCCCUUUUUAACGAAUUAGGGGUUGCAUUUUGAAAAAACCUUUCUUGAAAAUCAUAAGUGCAGAACAAUAAUUUGAUUUACGUAACUAUCUUUAUAUCAUCCCCUUCACAUUUUAUGAGUUUUUAUGUUAAUUGUUUGAUCAAUAUUGUUUGGUCGCAUAGGCGUGUCUACCGGCAGAGUGUUGCUAUAAAUAUAUUGUACACCGCGAGCACUACUUGUAUAUUUACAUUUAGGGUUGGCAGAGGGUUCAUAUAUAUUAUCCUUGUUUUGUUUUACUAUUUUCGUAACACGAUAUUCAAAGACACUGUGUAUGCUCAAAUAUACUUAUAAUACUCAUACAUCACAUCAAGUAUUCUUGUGCCGUCGUCGAAAAUCGAUUAAAGUGGAUAGUUUUAUAUAAUAUGUAAAUAAAUUAGGACAUUUUAACUACUGCACCCGUUUCAUAUAAUAAUUGUUUAUAAUUUAUAUUUUUAAACUUUAAACUAAAAAACGCUUUUUCACUACACUAUCAGAACAAAAAUAAAAAGUAAUAAAUACGGGAAAUCGUAUUUGUUAUUUUAAUAUCCAUUAUACAUAGAUGAUAUUGAUAAUAUCAGGAAACAGGUAAAUUGUAUUAUUUUUUAUAAAUGUCCUAUUAUAUACGUGAACAAAUACAUAUACUUAAUUUUAAUGCCUAAAUAAAUAUGAGCAAUUUAACCUACUAAAUGUCUAUAAAAAAGUUUUUUUUCUUAAUCACUAUCAUCUGUACAUGUUAUAUGAUAUUUUUAAAACAAUAAAAUAUUAAAUUAUAAAAUACCAGCUGUACUGCGCCCGGCGUUUCCCGUGCACAUUUUUUAUUCUUUUUACUUUUAUUUUAAUUAUAUUUUAUUUAUUAUUUAAUUUAUUUAAUUUAUUAUUUAAUUUAUUUUUUUUUUUUUUGUCAAAAAGUACAACUUAUAAUGAACCUCCUAUCGAAUUUUCAGGCAUUUCUGUGUAGUCUAACAAUCGUAUUCACAAAAUACCUACCAAAUAAAAAUUACGUGAAAAUUCGCAAAAUUAAAAUGUCUUUAAAUAGCUCAAAUAUUCUGAAAGUCAUACCACGUCUAAAAAAGUAAAUAUAAGUUUUCUGUCAACAUAUUAAGAGACAUAAAGUUUCUACAAAUAUUUUAAAUUGAAUUACAUAAAGAAAAAAAAAAAAUUUAAAACAUCGAAAUAAUUUUUUUUGUAAAUUUUCCCGUAUUUUUCAGUCAUUCCUAAUUAUUAAUAAAACGACAGAUAAAAUCAAAAAAUGAAUAACUUUAUCAUAAACUAGAAUAAAAAUUUAACAAGAAAGGUAUCUUGUCGUUUAUCUAUUGGAACAAUUUAUGGUGGAAAACACAAGACGUAAAAAUUUUAAAUAAAGAUAUCAUUGUGCCGUAAUUAGAAAAAAAUCAUAUUUGUUUUUCCAAAUUAUCAUGAAAAAUACUUUAGAUAUCGAAAAAUUACUCUGUCAGUGGCGAAAUAUUAAAAAGAACAAAAUUGAUUUGAUGAAAUGUCAUCUUUGGAUUGGAGCAAUAUUUCUGGUAUAAAACAUCGUGUUAACAACAUAAAAACAAUGAAAAUGAUAAUGUCUCAGCGUGUCGUAUAUAUUCGCUGGUUUAAUUUUCUUUCGAGUUGUUCCCAAUUAUAUCGAAAACCUUUUGGAAAAUUAAAAAACGACCUCCCCAACGCACCAACGAGAGAAGAUUAUCUUUCAGAAAAAGUACUAUAGUCAAUACUUCGGAGCAAACUCUCUGGUAAAAUAAAAAGACAAAAUACAGAUUACUUUAAAACCAAAAUAUCAAUAGAACCCUGGCUACGCUUCGAAUUUAAAGCAAAAAACUAAAUCUCUUACCUAUUAAUAAUUAAUAUACAUAUAUAUUAAUUUCAGAUAAAAUUAUUUGACUUAGAUAAUAUUCUCAUUUAAAAUUGAUAAAAAUAAAGUUUUAACUUAAAAUUUAAGGAAUAAAAGGGACUCUUUAGAAGACUUUUUUAGGACAGCGGUAUUUAAAUAUUGGAAGAUUUCGUAUGUAAGGGAUGUAUAGGAAGAUCCCAAUGCAAAUGCGACAAAUAUUCGUAUACGUUCGACGUUCUCAGUUUUUAAACAUUCUCAUAUGAGAAUUUGUAAUAACACUAAACUACUCUAAAAUAAUUCAUAAAAUAAUUAAUUUCAUGAAAGCGAUACAAAUCCGAAAUAUUUUUAACAAAUAGUCAAUUAGAAAAAUUAUCAUAAAAAAAAAAAAAAAUCAGUUAAAUUUGACAAACUGAAUCUGUAAAAUGUGUGUAAUGUGUAAUUAAAGAUUCGAAAUGAUAUGUGGAAAAAAUAAAGAGAAUUGCAAUUUAUUGAAAUCGCAAUAAACACAUAAAUGCAUAAGAUACCAAUUGUGUGGCCUAUACUUUUUUAAUGUCGUAUACAAAUAUUACGUAGGUACCUAAAAAAUUCACGAUAAGUUUCAAUAAAUAUUCAUCUUAGAGGCUUUCACUAUAUUUUUCCGAGUUUGUAAAUUAUCACUUAUACUACAUAUUGUAAAACCGAAGAAAACAUCAUAUGCCUAUACGAGGUGAUCAAUCUACUAUAAGACACUCAUUAUUUCGGAAAGUAUAAACUCUUUCCGGAAUUUAUUUUCAAAACAUUUAAGAAACAAGCUGCUCUACAAUCGUAUAUAUAUGUUAUUUUCUGUCACCUUUAUUUUUAGAGGUAAAACCACAACCUACUUUUGAUUUUAAAAUGGUUACCUAUAUUAAAAAUGUAAUAAAUAGGUGGAUUAUUCUUUAAAAUAAAUUUUUAAUGUCGAAACUUUUGAUUUCCAACGAGAUAUUCCAGUUUUUAGUUUGGGUUGGAAAAGAGAAGUGGAGUAUCAUAUGUGUGACGGUACAGCACGCGGCAUAUUAAUAAUGUACCUCCACUCUUCCCCAACCCAUACUUAAAAGUAGAAUAUCUGGUCAACAGAUUGACCGAUAUCGAAAAUUUCAACACCAAAAGGUAUUUUAAUUAAUAAUUCGUCAAUUUAUGGAAUUUUUAAUAUAGGUUACCAUUUGAAAAACAAAAUUAAGUAGUGGAUUUAUUCCCAUAAAUAGCAGUGACAAAAAAAAAACAUAAUUAUAAAAUAAUAGAGCAGCUUGUUUCUUAAAUAUUUUAGGAAACAAAUUCCGGAAAAAGUUAAUACUUUUCGAGAUAACUAGUGUCUUACGAUAGAUUGAUCACUCUGUAUAUCUAUAUUCGUAUAUUUUAUUCUAUUUCUGAAUUUAAAAAAAAAACAUUAUUAUUUAUCUACUAUAAAAGUUAUAAAUAAUAUGUUUAUUUUAAUUUAUUCUUAUUUUUUUAAAAGAUUAUGUUGGAUCAACAAGGCAAUCUCCGAAUAAUCGUCAAAAAAAUCAAACCUCUGCUUGGAAUCGCAAUCGAAGGCGGAAUUAAUACGAAACAUCUACUACCAAGGAUAAUAAAUAUACACGUAAGUCGUAAUAUUUUUUAAAACAAAUUAUAAUUUUCAGAUUACAAUACAAAAACCGAGAACUUUUAAAUUGCCAAGUUACACAACUCGUUUAAAAAGGUCGCGUUUUAAAUAUUAUUAUUCUGUUAGUAAGGAGCCGGGACACUAUCCAAGUUUUGGUUUUCUGUUUUUCUUAUAUAUGAAAAUCAAAUUUCUUUUUCCUAUUUUUGAUUCUACUGCAUUUAUAUUAAAUGUAUUUUUAUUUUUGAUUCGAUUUUGUAUUGUAUAAAAAUUGUGUAUUUAAUUAGUUUUAACUACAAUUUUAUAGAAACAAUGAUUGUAGCACUAAAUAAAUGCGACAAACGACUAUGCAGAAAAAUCAGAAUUCUCUAAUUUUAGCGAAUUCGGAUUAAUCCCAUCGCAUGACAAAUUAUAGACGUUACCGUAACAGAUUUCACCGAAAAUAAAUGAACAAAAUCACAAAAUUAUAAAUAGGAACGAGAAGUUUUAGGAGGUAAAAUUGGAGAAAUAUACAUACAAAAGUGCACCAAAUGAAUCGACAAUAUGCGUAAAAAAAAAAAAACUAUAUAUGAAAAAAACCAAAUUUUAUUUUAUUUCUCAAUAAUCUGAAAAAAAAUUACAUUAGAAUGGACUCAGACAUUAUUAAUUAUCUUAUAAUAGGUACAUAAAAAAAACAUCUAAACAUCUAAAUAUUUUCAAUACUUAAUAGGGGAAAACAAAAUCGACGGGGAAAUUCUUCUAUAAAUCUAAAAAAGUGAUGGGUGCAGCUAUUAUUAUAGGUAGGUAAUUGGAAAGUUCGUAAGAAAAUUGUGAAAUGUUCAGUUACGUAUAAUAACUACUGAAAUAAAUACAAUUUUAAUUACUAUUUCGAUUAUGGUGGCACAAGUAGUAUAAACAGUUCAUGAUCGAUUUUUAAAUCUAACACCUUUUCUGAAAGGGAAUCGAUAUGGGGAAAUAAUUUAACGAGUUCAUUUCUCGAUUUUCUCAAGAGUUUUUUCAUCAAAUGUGAAAAUCCGAAAAAUAAAACGAAGAAAAAAUAGGAAAAUGUACGAAAUAUAUUAGUAAAAUAUUACGAUUUUUUUUUCUGUGGACAACUUUUCUACCAGGAAUUUUUCUCUAAUUUACAAUUAUAACACUUUUUCUAAAAGGAAAUCUGACUGAAUAAACCGAAAUAUAACAAAGAAAAACCGGGAAAAACGUAGGAAAAACAAAAAAUCUGUACAUUAAAAAAAUAAUAUUAAAGAUAAUAUAUAAUGCCUAUUUAAUUAUUUUACCAUAAUAUGACAUAUAUAUUUUUGACAAAUCAUCACUAUCGACUAAGCUCCGCUCAGAAUCGUUUUUUCGUUAACAAUAGUUUAUCGUUGUUCACGGAUAUACAUUAAAUUAUGUAUCCUACCUUCCCAACUUUCCGCACAUAUACACACAUACAUAUCCAUAUAUAUGAGAAAUUUGUGCCAUCGUGUAUGUAUUACAAUGGUUAUUAAAAUAUAAACGAUUGCGCAAAUUUUGCUGAACCAUUCUUUACCGCUAAAAAAGAUAGACAUACUUCGCACGAUGGGUGCAGCCACUGUUGUUGGUAAGAAGUUGGGAUUGUAGGAUAUAUAGGGCAAGUUAAUUUGUAUCUGUAAGCAACGAUAAACCAUUACUUAAUAAAAACAAUUCUGAGUAGAGUUUAGUUGAUAGUGAUACUUUGUCAACAAUAUACAGAGUGAUUCACUAAGGGUGCACACCCCAUUUUUUUAGGUAAAUUCAAAUUAUGAUUUUUGAAAUUUUUAAGUGUAGUUAGAGACGAUAUUUUUUUCUAUUUACAUUUUUUACAACAUUUAAAGAGUAUUCUGUGGCAAUACCAACUUUGGUUUUUGAAAUAAGAACCUAUAUUGAAAAUUAUAUCAGUAGACGGAGUAUUACUUUUAGUAAAUUUCGGUGUUCAAAUUUUUUAUUUACGUAAACGAUAUAUUUCACAUUUAAGUUUAGGUCGAGGAUAAUAGUGGCGCACUAAUAAAAUACUGCGCGCCGUAUCGCCACACAAAUGUUACUCAUAAGUAUUCAAAAAUAUCGUCUUAAACUACAAUAAAAAAUUCCAAAAAUCAGUAUUUGAAUGAAUGCAAAAUUUAAUCAAAAAAAUGGGAUGUGCACGCUUAUGUAAACCAUAUAUUUACCAUAUAUAUGCCAUAUUAUAGUAAAAUAAUUAAAUAGGAAAUAUACAUCUUUUUUAAUAAUAUUUGUUAAAUAUUGUACCCAUUUUUCCGGUUUCCAGGUUUUCUUAUGUUUUUCUAACUAAAAUUACUAAAAUGAAAAGAUUUAUUGAUGAUUAUUUAAGAAAAAUAGAAACUAAUCCUCAUUACCUUGAGGAACCGUGCCCAAUUAGUAUUUUUAAUAAAAAUUACCGAUUUAAGUUCAUCACUUACGGACGAUUUUUCAAAUGAUUCAAACUCCUUCAAUUAUUAUUUGUAAAACUAUCUGUUAUAUCGUGUGAACGAGAAAAAAGUCCUUUCAUAUUAAAAAUAAUCAAGACAUAUCUUCGAAAUUCUGUUGGGAGGAGAUUUUUAGAGUGAUGAGUAAAAAAAAAAAAAAAAUAGACAUAAAUUCAUAUAUAUUAUGACACCCCCUUGAAAAUAUCCUGCGUACGCCACUGGCAUGAUAUACUGAUUCUUAUUAGGUACCCAACAUAUAUUACAUAUAAACUUAUGAUACAAAUACAAAGAAAAAUUACUCACACCUUUCUUGUCAAAUAAUUUUCUAUUCUCAUUAUAUAUUAUGUGUCCACUAUAGGAAAUAUUUUUUAUUCUUAAAAACAAAUCUAUUUUAAACCGUUGUGUAUAUAAUAUACAAUGUUCUAUUUAUCUUUAAUAAUUAGUAUAUUUGAUUUGCUGCAAGUGUCCAUGACUCUCUUCCGUAACUUAAUUACUUUAAAUCCUUGUAUCUGUGUCCUAAUUUGUUUAAAAUAAAUAUUUCAUCCUUGGAUAGUAUUUUUCACUCAAAGUUCCCUCCUAUGACAUUUAUUGUCAAGCUAUAAUUUUAUCUAUUCUUACAUUAAUGUUUGGUCAACGUUCUCGUGUAAUAUAACAUGUACCUUUAUGUUGUUUUAAUGAUAUUUUUUCUGAAAAACGACCGAUAUAACUGAGCAAAAAAAAAAAAAUGUUUAAAUUACAGCAUUACGUUAAUAAUAAUAAAAUAUAAUACGAGUAUAUAUUAUCAAAAUUUAUACAAUUAUUAUAUAUAAAUGAUUAUCUAUAGUAGAACUCUGGAGUUUACGAUUGAUUAUUGUUAUAGGAAAACGGUGCUGCGUAUGAAGCCGGCGGUCUUGAAGUUGGACAAUUAAUUUUAGAAGUGGACGGACAAAAAGUUGAAGGUAUUUUGAUAAGAAAUUCCAUUGCUUUAUAUAAUACGUAAAUAACAAUUGUUUUCAAAACCAUGUUUAUUUUGUAAUACAGCGGUUCUCAAAAUGUACUCCGCGAGAGUAGUCUAGACCGUUUAUCCGUGGCUCCGUGGGCACAAUACUAUUAAUAAAAUUUAAAUACAGUUAUAUUUAUUAGUUACAUUGUUGAAUUCAUAUUCAAUAUUAUUUGGACCGUACCAAUGUAUCAUUUGAAAACUUUUAAACGUAUAAACGUGUACGUGUGUUUAUUUCUGUAUACUAUUUGACCAUCAAUUAUUUUUAUUGGUAAAAAAUAUUUCUUUUUUGAAAAUAGAAAUUUAAAUGAAGCGUUGGCUGAAUAAAUCAAAUAUGACUGUAUAAAUAAAUUUUCACGUACACUGGAUACAAAUCGGUAGAAUUAGUACACCUUUUUUAUUUAAUUGCCAUAAGUUGGUUACUGAACAUUAUUUAUUAACGAAAUUAAUAUAAUACUAAAAUAGCUAUGUACUUACUAAUUAUGUGAGACGUAAUGAAAAUAUUUAUUGUUGGUAAAUAAAAUUUAAAUUAUUUAUAAUAUAUUAUUUUGAGUUCGUGAUAAGCAAUUAUUUAAUACUAAUAACAAAUCUUUGGCGGAUGACAUAGGCGUGAUACGUAUCAUCGAGUUGCUGACAUACUUACUUAGUUAAUCAUGCCUGUGUGAAUUUGAAUUUUCAUAAUAUGCUUCAUCAAAAACAAAAUUAUCGCAAUAAAUUAGAUGUUUAAGCAGACAUGUGCAUCCAAUUCUCGUUUAUCAAGCCAAAUAUUAAAAUACUGGUCAACGAAAAAAGCCAACAUUAUGAUUAAUCACAUUAAAACCAUAAAAUAUUACAAUUUACAAAUUACUAAAAUGAUAUGUUCUUUUUUUUCUAUGAAAUAAAUUAAAUAUUUUGUGUAUAUAUAUGUAUAUAUUUUAAAGAAAACAAUUUUAAAAUAAUUUACAUCAUUUUUUUAUGAAUUAUUGUUGUCAAAUUAAUUGAUAUUCCUGACUUUUGGGACUCCAUACAUUUUUUUAGGAAUAUAAUGACUCCACGAACAAAAAAGUUUGAGAACCGCUAUAAUAAAAUAGAAUUUAAUAGAAUUAAAACUAAAAAAAAUAUAAGGUUAGGAACUUUAUAAAUUUACACGAAUCUAUACGAAACCUGUUAAAAACGUUAGUAAACCUUGAAAAAAAUUCACUUAAAAAUAUUUAAUAAAGCAAAAAUGGUAGAGAGUUUUAAAAGUCCCCAUCUUUUAUAAUGGUUCUAACUUAUUGAAUCAUAUUGUCUAAAAAUAUAAAAAUGAUUAACACACGCUUUGUGAUCAAUACGUUCAAAUUACUUUUGAAUAAUAUACACUUUUAUAAUACUUAUUAUUGUUGUAUUUAAGAAUAAAUAAUUGAAUAACUCAAAAUAAAUUUUAAGUUCAAUUAAUUUUUUUAUCAUAUAUUGCUGCAGAUAAUAAGAUGUAAUAUAUAGAACACAUUUUCCUAUAAAAUCUAAGGAAAAAGUUAUUUUUCGAAACUAAUUAUUAAUUAAUAGGUAUCGUUUUUCUUCGAUUUGUGUUUAUACAUAUUUUAGCCACUUUUCCUAUACACUUUUUAAUACUUUAUAAUCAUUAACAAAUUUAAUUUUUUUCCUCGAUCAUAAAUAUAAAUUAUAAUAUGUUAUUGUUUAAAUAAUAUUUCAGGAAUGCCACACCAAGAGGUAGCCAGACUAAUUGCGGAAUCCUUUGCACAAACUGAUAAAUCCGAAAUCGAGUUUCUUGUGGUAGAAGCGAAGAAAUCGAAUUUGGAACCGAAACCUACGGCAUUGAUAUUUUUGGAAAGUUAA